CUACCUCCUGCACUUGGUAGGCGCCAGAUUGUAACAGUAUCUCUUUGUCGGUUUCCUGUUCAGUUUCUUUGAGAGACUGACCAUGGCGGCUACCGAGAUAGCUCGGCAGAUGGUGAGUAUGGAGAUGGGGGUCCCUGCAUGGCCAGUGAUGGACUGUCUGUAUAUUGCUGGAUAAUGAUGGCUCACACUGGGUACCUCUAUCUGUAACAUGUGCCAGGGCAGCCUGUAUCCCUGCACAUCCUACUCCUGUACUGCUAACAGACAGCUCCUAUCUUCCCCAUUGUACACACAGCAUGCUGGGCUAUAGAUCCAGACACACAGGCCAGGAAUGGGAGGGGGUGAACAGCCAGCUGGGGAUACACUGCAAUUCCCAUCAUCCUGCAGGUGGUCUGCUUACCAACAACACAUGCAGGGCGUUGGCAGUGUAGGGUACUGUGCAGAGGAUGAUGGUUAUACCCAGACUGUUGUCUGUUUCAUGUUAAGGAGACUUUAGGGCUUAUUUACUAAACAGUGAAUUGUAGCGAAUUGAAAACUGAAUUGCCAAAUUAAGGCCAAUGUAGUUGCAUUGGAGAUUUUUGCACAAGACACUUUUUUUUUUUUAUUUGCUGAUUUAAUUUAGGAGUGUAUUCGCUUUACUUCAAACUAUAAUAAAUUAAACUGUAAGAUUUAGGCUGAAUGGCCAAGCUGGGGCUAUAGCUUAGUUGGUGGAUUUUUUCCAAAUCCACAUUAUUUUUAUUUUUUUGCUUGUAUUUUCCAGUUCAUUUGUCACUACAAACCUAAAUGUAUCAAUUCUAAUAAUUCAAGCAAUUUGUGUGUUCUUCCAAAGGGUCAAGAUAUGCAUUGUUUAUUCUAAUGACCAAGAGUUAUUGCAAACCCACAUAAAUGUAUGUGUGUGUGUUUGACCCCUUAUGUGCUUUAGGAUUGUGCAUUGUACUCAAAACAAGUGCAUUCAAGUGGCUAACACUUUGCUGUUUUUAUCUCCCCCAUCACAUUUGUAUAUCUGCUAAACGUGUAUGCUGCUUGCCUUUAAUGGUGAAUUGUAAAAUAUAUUAAUGUUACGAUAACAGAGAAAUUUAGACUAAGCAACUUCACAGCAAGUAUGCCAUAAAAUUAUCCUGAAAUAUUUAUUAACCCACAUCAGUAUGUGCUAGAAAGAGCUGUCACUCCCUGAAAUCAUUGGUCAAUAAUUAUGUUACAAAUAUUAGUUAUAUACUAAUCAGUAAACCAGACAUAGUAAGGGUAGGUUUAUCAAAUUGUACUGAAAAAUGUCUUGUUCGGGGAGUGUUCAAUAUCAUCUUUUUCAAUUUGUGUUUUAAAAGUAGUUUAUCUUCUCAAUUAUGUACUUCUAACUGAGAGUAGUAUGUGAAUGUUAUACACCCUUUCUGCCUUGCAUUUUAUGCCGAAAUAAGGGUGAUAAUAGGAGAACAACAGAAAAUAGACUAUCUGGUGCAAAAAACCCCCAGUAAAUAUUUAUCGAUGGAAUUCACUAUAAAAAUAAUGGGGGUGGGGGAUGCCUGGUCUGUGCAUGUGGCACUGCAAGAGUUAAAUAAGUUUAAACGCCCUGCCUAGCAAGGCAAGUAAACUAAAACAAAAACAGGAACAAAUGAGACUUAAAUAAAAAUAUCCCAACCAAUAACAUUUCCAUUGCCUAUAUUGAUGUGCCCAAAUCUCACUAGAGACAUUUCCUCUUUACGUCUGGCCUGUAUGGGGUAACAGAAUAGACUUGUAGAUAUAAAAUUAGCAAUGGCUAACGCUUAUCUGGAGAAACUGGUAUAACUCCUGGGACAGGCUUUCAGGGAAACAUUCCAUGUCUGUUUACUGUUCUUUUCUUUCUAUAAAAAUAUAUUUAAGAUCUAAAUUUCUUUAUUGCAACAGAUGAAUGAAAGAUCUCUGGCAUAGUACCAUCUUUGCUUAUCUCUAAGUAGAAUAACCACUGUAGCUUGUUGUAGUGGUUAUGGUGCUUUUUAUUUAUGAGCCCCAUCGCCCCUCUUUUUGUCACAUGUUUUGAAGCUAACCUCAUCCAUUUUGUUCCUUCUGCGUUAUCAGUGCAGCUGAAGAUGGACUGGCUAUGGGUGCCAAGGAUAGACUCUUAUGUUUUUUUUUUGUUUUGUUUUUUUAGAGGGCUCCAAGUGGUUUCCAGAAAAUGGAAAUGGCAUCUCUUCACUUAUAGAACUAAAACCGCUCCAAUAAAUUGUUGUUGUUAUGGUUUCUAGAGUACCAGUAAAAUAAUUUUGAUUGCAAACCUGUUUCAAUAGAAUCGUCAUAAGAUAUCAAUGUUUGGAAAUAAAGAACCACAAGUUCGUGAGCAUUGGAAGGAUUUUAUGUUCUAUUAUUCUCUGUCCCUACCAUGCUGCUGUCAAGAAUAACUUGUUGUUAUAUGCUAUAUUGUGUUUACUCUUCUAUGAGAGGGUUUGCUUGUUUUCUUAUAACAAUGCUAUCGUGUCCUCAUGCCAAAAAAAUAUAAAUAUGCAUAAGGGAUUGCACUUUCUGAAUUCAAAGUACGAGAUGAUGAUUUUUAUGAGGUUGCUGUAUUUGGUCUCAGCAUUAGCUUUGUCAAAAUUUGGAAUCUGCUAAUAUUAACUGAAACUUUUAUUUUGCUAUAGAUGUUUGGUUAAUGCAGGCAUUACGGGAAGUUCACCUAUGGGGAUUUAUAAAAGGAUCACUAUAGUGUCAGGAAAACAAAGCGGUUUUCCUGACACUAUAGUGCCCCGAGGGUGCCCCCACCCUCAGGGUCCCCCUCCCGUGGCGCCAAAGGGGUUAAAACCCCAUUCAGCAGCUUACCUUAUUCCAGUGCCGGGCUCCCUCUGCGCUUAGUGACCUCUUCUCCCGCUCCCACGUCACAGGUGCCGAAUGCGCAUGCGCGGCAAGUGCCACGCGCACAUUCAAAGUGUCCAUAGGAAAGCAUUUCUCAAUGCUUUCCUAUGGAUGCUCUGUGCGAUGGAGGCAUAAUAUGCCUCCAGCGUCGCAGAUGUGCCUCUAGUGGCUGUACGGAAGACGGCCACUAGAGGCUGGCUUAACCCCAAUUGUAAACAUAGCAGUUUCUCUGAAACUGCUAUGUUUGCAUCUGAAGGGUUAAAACCUGAGGGACCUGUCACCCAGACCACUUCAUUGAGCUGAAGUGGUCUGGGUGACUAUAGUGUCCCUUUAACAAAAAAUUGACUUUUUCACUGUAUUCAAGUAUAUUGAAUUGUCAGUUGAAUUAAUUAUAUUAUUGCCAAAAUAGUUGAGCUAGAAAUAUAGUUGACCUGGAAGAUUUUUCAAAAUCUGCAGUUUUUGCCUCAACCUUGCAGUACCUUGGUAAUUUCCUGACCAGUCAAAGUUUAGUAAUUAAUCCUGCCAGUAAGGAAAUUCGAGGGGGAAAUGACAAGAGAUGUUUUACCUUUUUAGGCCAAAAUUUCAAAGUAAAAAAAAAAAUACUGUCAAGUCAACUAUUUUUACCUAAAAAAUACAAUUUCUCCUGUUAACAUUGUUGAGGUUUCACAUUAUUGGUUAGGCAUGUUUUAAAUCAUGUAUCCUACUUUAAGCAGAUUUUUAGUACAGUAUUGUGAGCCGCCUAUAGAUUUGCUAUGGACCAGUGUAAAACCUAGAUUUUAUAGCACAUUGUUGUCUCAUCCUUUGCAUAGUCGAGUGAUCUUUUCGAAACGUGCUGGAUAUUUGGUAUCCGUAAAAUUCAAGCUUUGAAAGUCCUGCGCUGGUUGUUACUCUGAUGCAACGACCUUGGUGUUCUGUUGAAUUAGUUCAGGAAGAGGACCUAGCAGUAAAUAAAUAUUAGCAUUGCCUUUGGCUGAAUAUGGAUUGUGCUGCUCAUUAGAGCUGACAUUAUGUGGAACGACCGAGUAGUAUAGCGUACAGCGCCUGUGAUCCAUAGGAGUUCACAGGAAAAUCAAAUUCGCUAGGUUUUUAGAUUGUGAAAGGGCCUGAUAUUGUGUUUAACGGUUUCAUUACUGCUCCUUCAGCAUUGGCUAGAACACACACUCUACGUGACUUUGACUGCUGCUUCUAGUCAUGCUUCGAUCCAGUUUCGAAAUCUGACAUCCUUUUACUUUUUACAGCAUGCCUGAUUAGUCUUUGCAAAAUUAGAAUCUAAAAAUAGUGUGGAACAACCUACAUAUGUAUUGUAGGUGAAUUGAACUGUUUAAUGAUAUUGCAGGACAUUCCUCACCCCAUAUCUAUAACCUGAUUUAUCUUGCAUAUUUCCAAUUGGUGAUUACUCAGUGUUUUCAACUUUGCAACGCUUUGAUAAGGAUAAGUCUCCCUGUGUUUUUAAAGUAACAGUUGGAGAAAGUAACCUGUGAAUAAAGGUAGUUAAAAUAAUUGGCUAUUUUUAGGUGGCUGUGAUCCACUGAUGGCCACGUAAGGGGUUAAAUAUGAUAUCUAGAUAAGUACAAAGUAUUUCAUUUAUACACCCCUUACCAAAAAGUUUUGCCUGAUUUUAUUGUUCUAGUAAUAAACAGAAAUUGUUGUUUUUUUGUUUGCCACAAUUUUAUUUUAUUAUUCAUCCCAAUAAUUACUUCCGCAGUGUUUUGUUUGGGUGAAAUAAGCCAAUGAGGUAAGCAAACACUUGCUUCUCUCUGUUGUAAAUGCAUUUAUUGGCUUUGUCAACAUCAUAGAUAACCAGCGCAUUUCACAGUUCAGUUUCCUAGAAAUGGUUAGCGUAAUCCUGCUCGGGAGCACUGGUAGUCUGAGUUUAUUUGCAUAAAAUGCCUUUUCACUGAAGACCUAAAAUGGAAGCCCCCACUACUCAGCUUGUGCAAUUGUGGUAAACCGGGUUUUACUCCAUUUGUAUUAUACAAUAAAAUAUCAGCAGCGCCAAUUCUGAGAUGUCUGUUUCAAGCCUCAGAAUCGAGUAGAAGUGGCGGGGGCAGUGCUGAGAUGCGCCGCACAGAAGACUUUUGGGUCAAACUGCACUUUAACGGAAGUUGUUGUGGGCCUGAAGUGUACAUGUAAAGAUCCAAGAAAGAGUCAAAUCCACACCUUUCCUUAAAAUGAAUAUUAAAACUAAGUCGGAAGUCAUAAUUAAUAUAUGUAGGAGCCGUAGGAUGGCUGUAUAACUCCUUGGAUUUGUAAAACCUUACUGUCAUGACAAUUAAUUUAUCAAAACCCUGCUAUGCUCUGUUGAUCACAAAUGUCGAUGGAACAACAUGUGUUCAGCAGCCGAGGAGACCAUUUCGUCGUUGGUGGAAUUAGAGCGGAAGCAUAGUGAUGUGGAACAUUUUCAUAACCACGGUUACCUCCACAGAACAGGAAGCCAUGUGCAAAACUUCAAUAGUAUUCAUGUCUGCAGACUGCUGCUGGUCUUCAAAAGGAAAUGAUUUGACGUUGCAAUGUCUCACAUUUAAUUGUGGUAUACUGCAUGCUUCACAAGGGUCUGUACACUUGCUGUCUCUUGUAUUUUAUAAAAAAAAAAAUAUUUUUUCCCCCCUCUUUAAUUAUCACAAUCUCUCUUGCUUUAUAAUAUCCACACAACUGAUAUUAUUUAUAAUAACUUGUAAGGCUUAUAACUCUCCUCUAGACAGAUCUUAUUUUAUUUUACAGUUCUUAAAAAAAUAAAUAAAAAAAUAAUAAUAAUAAUAAAAGUGCUCUUAUGCUUAGUGCUGUUCAGAUUCAGUAAAAAGGACAUUGGUACAUAUACAGACCAGGGGAAUAUAUAAUUAGACAUACUGGUACAAAAAGGAGUAAUGGAGGAACUGUUGAAAUAAACCAGGAACACACAGAUUUAUUAACUGAAGUGAGAAGUGUCUCAAAUUCAAACACAAUUUCAUGUUUUUGGCAAAAGUACCAAAACUGGAAGCAUAGCUGUCUUGAAUUUCCAGUUCAGCUGUUUUGACAUAAAAUUUGAAUUCUCAUUUUGGUAAAUAAUCCUUGUCUGAUGUCUGUGCUGCCGUUUGCAGUCUCUGUCAUCAUGUAGGUUCAGCACACAUAGUGCUUUGUCAUUUGUACUGGCCUCAGGCAUGCUGCCAUGUUUCGUGUGUUUUUUUUCACUAGGUCACUUCUGCGCUGCCUGGUGAAUGGGAUGUAAGUGUUGGUAGCAUGGCACUGGAAAGCAUCACGGUUUCAACUCACAUCUGUCCUGUGAAUGGCAGACUUUACUAUCAGGAGCAAAUUAAUGCAGUGUGGACUACAUCUCCCCUGAUGCUUUGCCAGCAUUGUGGCUGUAAUAGCAAUAUGUGAGAUGUAGUCCACAACAUCUGGAGGACUUAGUCUUUGUUUAAAGGACCACUCUAGGCACCCAGACCAUUUCAGCUUAAUGAAGUGGUCUGGGUGCCAGGUCCAGCUAGGGUUAACCCAUUUUUUAAUAAACAUAGCAGUUUCAGAGAAACUAUGUUUAUCAAUGGGUUAAGCCUUCUCAUUGACAGCCACUAGAGGCGCUUGCGUGCUUCUGACUGUGAUUUUCACAGUGAGAGCACGACAGCGCCCAUAGGAAAGCAUUAUGAAUGCUUUCCUAUGUGACCGGCUGAAGGCGCGCGCAGCUCUUGCCGCGCGUGCGCAUUCAGCCGACGGGGCAGAUCGGAGGAGGAGAGAAGGAGGAGAGCUCUCCGCCCAGCGCUGGAAAAAGGUAAGUUUAAACCCCUUUCCCCCUUCCAGAGCCGGGCGGGAGGGGGACUCUGAGGGUGGGGGCACCCUCAGGGCACUAUAGUGCCAGGAAAACGAGUGUUUUCCUGGCACUAUAGUGGUCCUUUAAAGAUAUGCUGCAAGGUGGACUGACAGUUAAACUCCGUGCUGGAAUCAAGUGUUGCUGAUAGCAGCAUCUGAUUGCACCAUGCAAAAUAUAAAUCAGUGAGCCUGGUUCAAUACUUCCCGAUAAAGCAAGAGAGAUCUGGGGUUUGAGCCUGUCAACCAUGAUUGAACGUCCUUGCUGAGACACUGGGUGAGGUCUGUACUGAAUCAUCCUUUAGUCUAAACCAUAGAGAGUACUUAACUGUACACCUCCCUCUGGGCAUUUGUGAUUUAGUAUGAAAUGCCUGCAUGUUCUGUUAUUCAUAGUUUAUGUAUCUGGAAACAUUAAAGAUUCCUAUGUGCACAUUUUUGGAAUGUUCUCUGGAAAUUACACCAUUGAAUAUCAUCUAUACAUUGUGAUAACUUAUUUAUUUAUUUAUUUAUUUUUUAAUGUUAUGUUUUACUUUAAAGUGUGUGUAUGAUUUAGCAAGUGACUUUACUAGCCCAGUUCAGUUUAUCCAUAGCCAGGGCUUGCAAUGCAGGGUUACAUCCUGCACUAGUCUUACCAGCGCUGGGCAGCAGUGAUUGCCUGAGAAUGCUCAGCUGAUGCUUUCAGCAAGUCACUGCUGUCCAUCACUUCGUGAGCUAAUGAAGAAACUUUAUCCUGAGAAGAAAACAGGGGCUGGGUGUAAUUCUCUUGUUGAAUUAAUUAGUUAUUUGGAACUCAACCGCAGGUCAAUGAAAAAAUGCGAUGCUGUCACUUUAAAAGAACAUACUUUAUCUAUAUAAUAUUUCACCUCUUCAGACUUUUGUGAAAAUAAGGUCUUUUAUUGCAUGAAUACAAUCUUGUUAGGUAUUGCCUAACAUGAUAUGACAUUAAAAAGGAAAUGAAAUGAAAGGUUGCAUAUUGGCAAAAACAAAUAUAGUCCGUGAGACUUUUAAGAUGUAAUUAAGCAGCACAGGUGAGUCUUGUAACAGAAAGAAAAAAAUAUGCAGUCCAUAUAUUUGUAGGAUAAAUGAAGGUAGAUCCCGCUGCAAAGAAUUAUAGUCCCUAGACUUGCAGAAAUAAUAUAUGAAAUUAGCAUAGAAAUAGUUGGCAGCUUGAAAAAAGGUUAUCCCAGAGGGCAGACUAGUGACUCCUAUCCCUUCCGAAAUAAGUUUGGGGUAAACCAAUUAGUAAUCCCAUAAAUUGGUGAACUUAACUGAACACUGAGAAUGAUGAGUGUAGAAAUCCACCCAGGAUAGUGGAGAUUAUGGUCGCCCGUAGUUUCGAGAGAAGGUAGGGUUCCAAUGUCGUCUGUAUCCAAUUUAGGGAAUAAAGAGAAAGCUUAGCCAGGAUCAUGCAGAAGGUUCGAUACACCGUAAUCAAUAUCGGAGUUCCAUGAAAGGAGUAUUACGAGAGGCUCUUCAAACACAUGAGUGAACCCAUCCAAAACAAACACACAGAAACACAACACAGAAAACAUUGAGCAAUCAGCUGUAGUCGCGGGUUCCUUUUUAAAAGGGAGAUCCGUGAUGUCAAACGCAUGAACGUGAAUGGAUCGGCUAAACCUGAAAGACGGGUUAUGGCGAUAAGAUUGAAAACAAGAUGGCGGUAUAACGGAAUUAUGUGGAGGAAUUCUUACACUAGGUCCCUCACACAGUGUUUAAACCGUUUUCGAAAACCUAAAGGAACACUAUAGGGUCACACAGUGUACACAAACAUGUAGUUGGCUUGCCCCCCCCUUACCCCUCCUAUAAAAGUUUAAAACUCACCUUAUUUCCAGCGCCACCAACGCUGGCUCUGCCCUCUUUGUGAUAUCCUCAAAAUAGCUUAGGGAAAGCAUUGGAUUGGCUAAAAUCGUCGCGGGGCCAAAUGCUGUUUUGGCCAAGCAGGACCUCCUCAUAGAUGCUUUGAAUCAAUGCACCUCUAUGAGGAAAAUUCACUGUCUCCAUGCAGAGCGUGGGGACGCUGAACAUCAGUGCUGCUUUUUCGGCAGCACUGACCCAGGAAGCACCUCCAGUGGCCAUCUAAGGAGUGUGGCCAUCUAAGACAGUGUUUACAUGGAAAAAAGCCUGAAGGGAACUAUUAUACUCACCCGAACAACUACAUUAAGCUAUAGUUGUUCUGCUGACUGUAUUGUCCCUUUAACCAUGGACUGCGCUAAUGAGCUCCAGACACCAUAACCACCUCAGUGGUAUGAAAUGGUUGUGGUACCUAGAGUGUUUAAUUUUCAGACCGCAUAAAACCAUUUGCUAAAUAUAAGGAUAUGUAAAACCAAAAAUCAGACUGUCUAUGUAGUGAUAGUUCCCCUUUAACUUUGUGUCUUGAAGAGCACUGUGCGUGUAAAGAAAUUCAUACAAACAUUCAAAUGAUAAUUUCCUUAGAGGGCAUGAGUUAGUUGCUAUUAACAUUUAAAAUUCCUCCCUUGCGUCAAAUGAUCUCAUGCCUGCCCUUCAGGGUCGAUACAUCACGGCGCUCUAAUCUCUGACUAGAGAGCUUGGUCGUGGUGACAUCAGCCUUCUCUCUGGAGACUAAACAGAUGAGGUGUUGAUAUCUCUUGUAAUGCUAAUACCAAAUUAAAGGUUUACUCCAGUAUGAGAGGCACCCAGUACUCCUAAGUGGAUUGUGUAAAUUAAAAAUAUACUGAUUAACAGUCAAUUUCCAUAGUUACUCUACAGCAGCAGCCUGAAACCUAUUAAAACAGUAAUUUGAAACACUAGUUAUGAAUUGGUCUCUUUUUAAAAUGUAACCUUUAAAGAUAAAAGCAUGACACGGAUUCACUUUUAAAAGAAUAAAAUGCAAUUUUGUGAUUUUUUUUUUUGAUUUUUUUUUAAUAGCUUUUGACCUAUAUAGUUUGCUAUAUUUGUAUGUGUGCUACCUUCCCUGCUCCAUCGCUAUUUUUUUCAAAUACUUCCUUUUUGCUGGUUACUGUACUAUACUAUAUGAUGCCACCACUCAAGCAAAUGUAACUCUGACAGUAACCAGAACUGCACCUCACGAAAGCACAAUUAGAGAAAAUAUUUCUGUGCCUUUUCUGUCUGUCAUAUUCUCCCCCUCUAUCCACAAAGAAAGUUAAAUGGUUACUCCAACCAAAAAAUCUGUGUCUUAAGAAAACACAAGUUUUGCUUGGAGUAACUCCUCCUAGUCUGAUCCGACCCGCAAAAAAAUCCAAUACAAAUAAUUUAUUUUAAAAUUACCUCUGUUCCAGUGCCAUGGCCAAGUUCUCCCUCAGUCCGAUCCUCCUCCACUGACUAGGGUGGGAGGACAGGUGUGGGUGCCAUUGGCUGUAUGGGGCAUUCGUGGUAGUGUCAGAUGUACAUUUUUCACAGAAUUAAUAUUGGCCAUUCUGGAACUCUUGUGUCCCAGUGACACGGCCUGAGGUGGAGUUACACCUCCAGCGGCAGAGGGUUAAAUUUCGAUGAUCUCAGUCAAUCGAUAAAAAAAAAAAGUAUUAUUUCUAAUGCGUCCUAUAGUGUAACAGAGAAAGACAUCUCUUAUGACAUUGUGCAUAUUGGCCUGUACGAUAGGUUCUCAAGCAGUAAGCAUGAAUUGACAUCCAACUGGGUUCAUUGCUGAGCCACUGUCAGUGGGCACAUGUUCAUAUUGUGUGUGAUCAUAACUCCCCCUCUCUUGCAUUCAGUGAACUGGUGACAUAUGGAGAACUUGGAGGUUAAACGCUGACACUUUAAAUGACCCCCUUGAAAGUGUCUCAAUGUGUUCCUUGCACUACCAGAUUGCUGGACCGAUCAAUAAAUUAAAAACAAGCAGUCUGUUGCAGUUAUUCCGGUAUGCUGUUACUGUUCCAUCCCUGUAUAAAUAUUAUUCUAGAUGUUUUCUUAAUUAUAACCAUGGUAAUUGGGAAUUUGCAACUUCUGAGGAAAUCUGUUUCUAAAGCCGGCUCAUCGUCCUUCUCUCGUCACAGCUGAAAUAUAAACACACAGCGUUUAGUGUUUCACUGUUUAGAGUGCUCUACAAGGUUCUAAGAUUUAAAAGACUUCUUGCCAAACACUAAGCACAUACUAAUCUUAAACCGGAUAGACAUGCCUAAUACUUCUUAUUAGGAGCGUCUUUUAUUCUUUUUGUUUAAUUGUUUGUGUCUGUGUUUUUAAUACCAUACCUAACAACUUUUGAUCUUUUUAACGUGGAGCCAGAGAUGGACAGGACAGAAAGUGGGUGUCAAUAAGGGAAAGUGGUAGGCCAUCAAUAAAGUGGGUGGGCCAGCAGGCUGACUGAUGGUCUCCCUUAGGGCAGACCGCAUCCAGAGCCCUGUUGAUGUGCUUGCUGCAUGGGGUCCUGUGCUGUGCUUUACCCCAUGAGCCAUGUCCUACAUUCGGAAGUCUGCCCAGCACAUCUAUUUAAUAGCUGGUCUACUGCGUAUGCCAGAGAUACAUUUUUGCUGGGACAGUAACACAAAGGGUGAUCCUGUUCCAGCAAAAAAAUGGGACCAUUGGCAGACCAUGCACUAGCUGUAGCUAUCUGCUGAACUUUAGUUACUGUAAACACAGCCAGGGGCGAGUCACAGUCCAACGUGCAGGUCCUCCUAAAGGCACAAGGAUGGCCUUUGGUGUGAUCAUAAGUAUCUGUGUCCACACUCCACACCUGGCUGCUCUGUGAAGGCUGCAGUAUGAUGGUGGGAUUUGGCAAGGCCUCAGGCCUGCCCGGGGGGCAUGCAGGGACCUGCUGCGUGGAGAGGUCUGGUUGCUGGGCAACCGUCACCUUCGAUCUCAGACAACACUUGCAUGGAUUGGGGAGUGCAGAUGCAGAUGGAUCUAAAGGUAUACUGCACAGCAGAACUAAAGUACUCCGUCCUAAAUACUUGGCAAAUCCCUGUUCGCUUGGUCAUCUGAUUUUCCUCCUCGUUUUCUUAUUAUUUACCCUUUGCUGCCCCUAAGGACUGUUUGGCUAUGAUUCUGGGUUAUCUUGACAACCCCUUUAAAGCGAUUUACCACCCUUUUCUCUAUAGCCAUAGAGAGAGAGAGAGAGAGAUAAUUAUAUAAUUUGUAAACCGAAACGCGGUUUCCCAUAGGAAUGCAUUGAAAACCAAUUAAUCCGUUCUGGAGGUCAGAAAAAAGUCAAAAUGAGCUGGCAUGGAAACCAACCCACAAUGCAGAACACACAAUAAAAGGCAUGCAAACGAUAAAGCUCCACUUCCUACCUUUCCACAGCUUGAGAAAUGCACCAAAAAGUCCCAAAACAACUGCAAACAAUUUCCAGAAUGGCUCCAAAACUCGAUGCAAAAGCCACUCAAACGCCUUCACAUUCAAUGCCACGUGCUACCCACAGGCUCCAGCAUGCAGGGGUCGGUGCUAUAAACCUCCCAGGUACAAUGCAUCCUGGGGAAACUUGCUUUGUAUUGCAACAAAAAUUUGUAAACCGAGGCAUUAUUUUCAAUGGAUUUUCAUUUGUAAACCGAAAAUUAUGUUAACCGAGGUGUUUGUAAACCGAUAUAUUUGCAGAGAGAGAGAGAUCUCUCUCUCUCUAUCUUUUUUUUUUUUUUUGUGUGAUGAUUGCCAAACUUUUUAGAUCACGAUACCUUGAUAAAGCUCCCCUGUGUGUGUGCUGUGUAAUUUUAUGUCUACUUCGAAUAGCUUGCUCCUGGAAAUAUUUGAAAAGAGGAGAAAACUAAACGGAUUAUUCACUCUGGGGUGUAAAAAAUCUGGUUCACGGUUUGCAAUGUUAAGCAGUCACCAUGGAGACCACUAAAAUGUUUCCGUUGAUGCUUUACUCUUAGAGCCUUGCCCCCAAAUAAAAUUUCCAUAAAUAACCCACAAGACUUUCCUUGAAUACACAAUUCAUGCUCCGAUGUACCUGCAGUGCAGAUAUUUUGUGUUUAAUAUGUGUGUAACCAUGUUCUCAACAUACCCAAGUCCUUCCGUGACUGCAUAAACACAGGGACUGGCUUUCAUUUGAUCACUACUGCAUCUCCACAGUGGUUUUUGACACUUGGCCUAUUGUACCUGCAACUUUAAAUGUUAACCUGUAGAAAUUUUUACUUUUCACCAAUCCCCUGGUAAAUGAAUAAAUCACUCUACUUUGGAUGCGUUGCAAUGUCUUUUUGUAUUUAUUUAAUUUUUUAUUUAUUUUUUAUUUUUUUUAUUUUUUUUACAUUGUUAACAAUAAAACUUAUGUUUGUGAAAAACCAUUCACAAUGAACACCUGUUUUGCAUGCACAGCAGAGCAUUUCACCACUGCACAAAUCUGUCCCCAGCGGCAAGCAACUAAAGAGAUCCUGAAUGUUAUUCGCAAUUUGGAACAAGCACAUAAGUUCUGUUCUCUGUCCAAUUGUGACUGUUCAGUCAAUGAUUUUUUAGCUCCGUUGUCCUGUAUCGGAUUUGCAGUCACAUUUACUUUUCUAGUUAAUCAUGGGCACAGCACAUGAUAUUAUGUUGGUACGUGUUCUCAUCGUAAUCUCUUAUUUUUAGGGUGAAGGGUCCCGCAAUCUCCCCCUAUCAGGACAUGUAGGAUUCGACAGCUUGCCGGAUCAGCUGGUCAACAAAUCAAUUAGCCAUGGCUUUUGUUUUAACAUCCUCUGUGUGGGUGAGUAUUUACAGACACACUGGCUGUGUUAGAAGAGGCACUGAUCCAAUGGCCUGCAUGUGUGUUUAUGAAUAGCAAAGCUGCUGGCUCCAAAGGAACAAUAUUUCUCUAACCGAGACAAUUCAAUGGCCGGAUGUAGAUGAAUAAAAUGUAUUGUGUGCCUUGUUUACUGCCAGCGACACGGUGCAUUCUAUCAAACCAGCUAAAGAUCCAUAAAACAUCAGCAGUAUAUCACGUCAAUAAGGGUAAUACCAUUGGGUCUGUAAUCUCUAAAUAUCCACCUGUUUAAAUUCUAUCUUAACCCCGUGAAUGCAAAUAUUUUUUUCUUUUAUUUAAAUAGUGUUUUUUUUUUUUUUUAUGGACUUUACAAUAUUCAGACAUCUACAUUUUAAAGCAAUAUUUACAGUGUCUGCUGUCUGAUCAGCUGCCAAGCUGUUUUAGGGCGUUAUAACUUUUAAAUGAUGGCGCGUGUAUCUAAGUUCAAUAUUUAGUUUCAAUUUGUUAAGAUGGCAGAAAAAUUAUACAAAUAUAUUACUAUGAACAAUCUACAUACCAUCAUCGGAUAAGUCCUUUCUGUACAAUUUUAAAAAACUGUUUAUAGUUCACCAACAAAAAACGUUUUUGAAGUAAACGAUAGAUUUGCAGAAUUAUCAGAAAAAAAAAAUCUUGUUAUUGAUAUACAAUGCAGAAACAUGACUCCCGGAGGUUAGCUAUUUUUACUCUCUUAAUCAUAAUCCAGGCUGCCUUACAUAAAAUAAUACAUUGAUGAGUAACACAAUAAAAGAACAUGCAAGACGCACAAACCUUUUAUAUGAAUUAACAAGACAGAUUUGAAAAACCCCAAAUCAGAGAGUGAGGCUGGCUUAUUUAAUAUUUUAAAUGGUAGGGGGUCCGUAUGAUUUGUGUGCUGGUAUGUAGUAGGUAGUAACGGGAGGAGAUCAUAAAGUCAAAUGAGUAGAAUUGAGAGGGACUGGUAAAGCGAUCGUCUCCCGGAGGGUCAUGGAAUGAAUAGGUGUUACAGUAGUUUGUAAGGAUGGUGGGUGAUUGUAGGUAACAUGGGAGUUCAUUGCGUUAGUUGGAGUUUAGGAGUGAUUGAGUGGAACUGGGAGGGAAUAUAUGGAUGUGAGGGGGCAGAACGGACAGCUAGAGGUAUAGAGGAAGUUUGAUUGACAACACAGAGAAAGAGAAUGCAGUAUGUACUGGUAUUUUAAAAUGUUUUUGACACUUCUGCUUGAUGUGCGUUGUUUGGUAAGGUCCUCUGAAAUUUUACCAGCCUGCACUUAGUUCCUUCCUGAUACACUAACUUUGUUUUUGCAAUGUUUGCUCGGGAGGCAGCUCUGGUAAAAAUAUUUGCUUGAGGGGAAAGAUUUCCAAAUAUAGCUAGCUUAUUUUGGGUGAUUUACAGAUAUUCAAUUCUGGGCUGAUCAUAAUGUGUUUAGCAUAUGUCCUAAAGAUUUGUUAUUUUACUUUUAACUGGAAAGGUCUCCUAAUAUGGAAUUUUCUAUGUGUUUAUCUUUUGAAGGGUCAGAGGCAUUGAAAAAAAUUAAAUACAUUUGUUCCAUAUUAUGAAUACAUGCUAUUAACAGUUUGAACCUUUUCAAUACAAAAGUGCUACUGAAAAGAUGUGACAGUGGGGAAAAAAUUGGUAAAUUAACAAGCAAGUAAUUGCAACAAGACAAGUUUGACAUACCUGAACAGAAGUUCCUGUUUAAUUCAUGAAUAUAUAUAAACAGAAUUAGAACUACUUGCACCUGUGCUCUUUACAGCUUUUUAUGAUACAGGAGUGUCAACGAAAGCAUAUAUUUUGGAUUUAUGGAGCCACGUUUAAUGAAUGUGUAUUUCUGUAUUUAGUACUUUAAAAGGGUGGGUAAUGUCUGUGUAGCUACUUUUGAUACUUUGUCCAUUCUGCAAUACAAAAACAUAAUAUUUUAUAUUUUUCUUACUUAAUUGACUUUGUUCUUUAUUCCUGGUUUAUGGUUAAAUUGUAUUUUUAAAACUGUGUUUAUAACUUGUCCCAGUUUUUAUGAAUGUCUCUUUUUGUAUAUUCAGUAUGAUUUUGUUAAUUUUGUUUGAAUUUUGUUUUUUGGAAGGGAAAAAAUAUUAAUAAACAAAAAAAUAUGCUUGAACUGAUAACCUUAUAAAAAAUUGAGGAAAAUAAAGCAGGCUAUAUAAUUGUUCCUUAGAUUUUUCAAAUCUGUUGUUCGCCCACUGUUUAAUGGAUGACCCCAUCAAAGCGUACCACUAAUUAAAACUAUUUACCAACAUUAUCAAUUUAUAUGGUUUAAAACAGAAAUGUCAGUUUUUCAGCAGCCAACAGGGACGCCAAAUCCCUGGAUGUCCCUGUUGUCAUUAUCCGAUUUUGCAGCGUACUCCUGAUUUUAUAUUGUGAUGUAAGUUGCUGGGCUUUUGAACAGAUCUUGAUUGUGGCUACUGAGGAAACUGCUGGUUUUGUGUCCUUUGCUUUGUGGCUCUUAGCCCAUCCAAGAAUCAGUUGUCUGGCAAAUAGAUGGCUGAUGGAAUAGUCUUACUUUACAAAUCCUCCUGGGUGGAGGUUAAUACUAGUAAAUUAGAAACCUGCAUUUACCUGUUCCCUGGUGCUCUGUGAUGCUUUGUAACAAUCCAGAAUGUUGGAGGGGACAAAAAACAUUUUCUUUCUUCUUUUUUUUUUUCCAUAGAAUUUUCAGAUCAUUUCCAUAGGUUUGGAAUGCAACAGUGUGAAAUGUUAAAAUACAUGAAGUUAUUGAAUUUUAUGUAAAUGUUUAUUUUAAGGGGAGACUGGUCUUGGAAAAUCUACGCUAAUGGACACCUUGUUUAACACCAAAUUUGAAGGAGAACCAAUUUCCCAUUCUCAGCCUGGAGUUCAACUGAGGUCAAGCACUUACGAUCUGAAUGAGAGUAAUGUUCAUCUGAAAAUGACCAUUGUCAGCACAGCAGGAUUCGGGGACCAGAUUAACAAGGAAGAAAGGUAGGUCUUACUUGCGUACACUUUAUACGGGUUAAAAAGAAAAUUCUGUGCAAGACGCAGUUAACACUUUUACAGUUGAUGGUUCUUUCAGCUCUCUUUUGGCAUAGUUGUUUGUUCCUCAGUGCUGUGGAAAUUGGCCAGCCAUUGACUUACUGAACCACUGCAACCUGUUGAGCAAGUUCAGUAAAUUAGAAAUUUACUUUAGAGUCUUGAGGCUGAAAUACAACAGAGUGACUUUUGGCUACAUGCUUAGGCAAGUUCAACCUAUGGUCAAAUCUAUUCAUUCAAUUUGGCAAACUUGAAUUUAAACUCUAGAUGCUAUUACCAUCUAGAUCAGUGGUUCCCAUCCCAGUCCUGAAGUACCCCCUAACUUUCCAGGAUUUAGGGAUUGCCCAGUUGUGUCUAAGGUGUUUUAGAAAAAGGGGAAAAAAAACACGUUAGACACAACAGUUGAGUACGGGGUUGGGAACGACUGAUCUAGAUAAUCUGGACUGGGCUUUUAACAAUGUAGGUUACAAAGUAGUUUGACAAAUUCAGGAAGUUUUCCACCAAGUUUAGUUUUGGCUCACUGAAUAAAUCUCCCCAAUUAAAUGUACACAGUAUAGGGUUUUUUAUUUGGGCUUUUUUGGAGGUAGUGGUUUAUAUUUUGCUUUUUUGGUUUCUAAAAAUCCUCUCCUUACCAAUAAUAUAGUUUUCAAUAUAACAUAACAGGACACUAUUACCCUAAGACAAAAGAAAGACUACAUAGUAUUUUUAAUUCAUAGCCAUUUACGAAUGAUGAUGAUUGUACUGAGGGAAAUGAAGUGAAAGAUGUUAGAUGAUUUGGUAAGUUGAGAAUGGUUUUAAUAACAAAAGAAAAAAAAAAAAACGGUAAUAGUGUGAGAAACUUGGCUGACAAGACAAUAAAAGAAGGGAGGUGUGAGAUAUGUACUUUAUACUUGACAUUUAAUUUUGAGGUACUUUGAGGAAAUAUUGUGAUGUUGUAUGGCAAAAUAAAGCUGUUUUGCCUUUCGAGGAACGAAAGGUAAUUUGUGUGUAUUUGGGUUAUUUAGUCUUUGGUGGGUUUAAAAAAAUAAAAAUAAAAAAAAAAUUCUUAUGUUUUUGUGGACUGGUAUACUGGUUUUGAUACAGAUCUUAACAGCAGUCACUUAUAUAUUUUUUUUAAAUUUAAAUAUAAUACAGGUGGUCCUCACUUUACGACCUUUAUGGCCAUGUUUUACUACGGCUCGCACUUACGACCAACUCUAUAAUGUGGGGAUUCAAGGGAUUUCCCACUUUAGAGAACUGGUCUAUGUUCGGGGGAGUGUUCCAGAACAUAGAUUUGCGGGAUUCCCUGCGCUAGUGAACUGGUCUAUGUUUGUAGGAAUUCCCAUGAGGAGUGUCUGUAACGUAUACUUCAGACUGAUCACUUUGUCUAUCUAUACUCUGUUUAAUAACCAACAGAUUGUCUGUCUGUUUCUCGAUUGAACUAAACCCUUUAUACAGAUAGAUUAAGUCAUGGAGUAGGGAAAUGUCUCAUUUAAUUAUCGUGUCUAGAUGAGUGAUUCCACCCGCUGAAUUGUAUUUCUAUUUAACCCGUUUUUGUAUGAUUUAGGCAAUAUAUCACUGUUACAAUGUGUACUCUGUUUAAGAUUAUUUAAAGGAACACUAUAGUGUCAGAUAUGCAAACAUGUAUUCCUAACACUAAAGUGUUGGAAUAGGUGUUUAGGUGAACACAGGGCCGGUGCAAGGAUUUUUUGGCUACACAGGUGAAGAUGCAUUUUGCCGUCCUCCUCCCCCCCCCUCAAAAACUGUAUUUCACCUGUGUGCUUCGCAACCUCUUUUUUAAAUGUCUUACCCUCUUUAGUGUUAUAUAUCUCCUCUUGAAUGUCUUACCCCCUUUAGUGUAUUAUAUCCCCCCUUUAGUGUGUCAUACAACACUCUGUGUCUCUUACUUGCCCACCAACCCCUUCCUGUGUCACUGUACUUUAGUGUGGGGGAUAGGGAAGUUAGUAUAUAUUAAAUAUUGCCAACAAAUUCUGUAGUGCUGUACAAUAGGGCUUUAGUGCAGAGGAUAGGGGCAGUACUGUGUGUGUGGGACAGGGGCUUUAGCGGGAGGCAAUAAGGGUAGUAUUGGGGAACAGGGGCAAUAUUGUUGUGGAUUGGUGCUUUAUUGUGAUGGGGACAGGGGUUGCUUGUUGUAGAUUAAUUAUUUUGUGUGGGGGAUUAGGGCAUUAGUGGUAGUGUUAGCAACAGUAUUGUGUAGAAUGGGCCUUUAAUGUGUUGGGAUAGGGGCAGUGUAAAGGAUCCUUCUAUUCGUGCAGUGCUGAUCCUUGUAGCUUCUCCCGAAAUCCAGCUGAAACAGAGUGAUUAUAGCUUCCAUUCCCCCAAACAUGAGUCGAGACUUCAUGAAGGGGUAAAACGAUCUGAUUUAAUGGGGGCUACCUGCCCGAUAUUUAUGCAGGUCUCCCACCUGGUGGACACUCCCCUAGGGGACCAGAUGGAAGACUGGGACAAAAGAAUUGCAGUAGCCAAUCGCAGUGGCUAUAACAUAAGCACUCCCCUUUUACAUAGGUCACUCCCUCCUUUCCAUCCUGGAGAUAAUUAACUUAAGUUAGUAAAGAGAGCCUUAAUUAUCUCCAGGUAGAAAGAAACAUGGCUUUUCCCAUAUUCACAAAACAGCAUAAAAAUGUAUAACUUAUAUUUUACUGAACAUAAACUUUAAGUCCCACAUACCCCCAGAUAGCUUGGAUCUGAGUGCAUAUUCUAGGCGAAUAGCGCUCAGAUCCCACGAACACAGUUCUCAAUAACGUCGAAUGAAGUUUGGACUUCACCGGCCGUUCGCGUGUUUGUAUCCGACAAAGAGUUCCACACUGUAGCUAUCUGGGGUCGGGCUCUUUCGCAUAAAUCCAAGUCCCGAACGGUGCAACGUCUCUGGCAUUCGUAUGUUUUCAACCGUAUGAACGAGGACCUUGGUAGGUAUCAGCGGUGUUCGGCAGAAUAAGUAUCCGAAAAAGAGUUCCAGGGCAUUGCCGCCAUUUAUCGCUGGGCAUUCGACAAUCUAAAAUUGCGACUGCCAUGUGUUCGGCAGACGAACGCGGACCACCAAGCUGUUCCCCAAUUACUCUGUGGUUAACCGCAAAGUCUGGGUGGUUAAUGGGCCCCACAUGACCUCAGUAGGAGGUCGGGUGAUUCGACAGUUUAUUCGUUUUAUUGCUAUUUGCACGAAAUCACCCCACACACGUCUAAAUAACCGAACAGGCUGGUUCGCAUAGUCUGGUUAAUAAGGGAUUUCGUUACAGGCAGUAUAGUGUGGUUAGGUGUAAUAGUGGUGGUAGAGGCAGUAUUGUGGGGAACUGGGGCUAUGGUUAUGUGGAUAGGAACAGUAUUGGGGGCAGGAUUGUGGGGGACUGGGGCUAUCGUGGGGGGAUAGGAAUAAUAUUGGGGGGAAAGUGGGAGUAUUGUGGGGAGGUAGGGCAGUGUUUUGGGGGACUGAGGUUAUGGUGGGGGGGAUGGGGCAGUGUUUGGGGCCAGCAUUGUGAGGACUGGUGUUAUGGGGGGUAGGAACAGUAUUGGGAGUCAGCAGGGCGGCAUUAUGGGGUAGAGGCAGUAUUGGGGGGCAGGAGUGCAGCAUUGUGGGGACUGGGGUUAUGGUGGGGGGGAUUGGGGGACUGGAGUUAGGGUGUGGGUAAGGACAGUAUUUGGAGUAGCAUGGCUGCACUGUGGGGGACUGUGGUUAUGCUGUGAGGGUAGGGACCGUAUUGGGGGCAGCAGGGCACAAUUGUGGGGGACUGGUUAUGGUGGGAGGGUAGGGGCAGUAUUGGGGGGCAGCAGGGCAGCAUUGUGGGGACUAAGGUUAUGGGGGGUAGGAACAGUAGUGGGAGGCAGCAGGGCAGCAUCAUUGGGGGAGGGACAGUAUUGGGGGGACUGUGGUUAUGGUGGGUUGGUAGGGGAAGUAUUCUGGGGCAGCAGGGCAGAAUUGUGGGGUACUAGGGUUAUGGUGGUGGGUAGGAUCUGUAUUGGGGGCAGCAGUGUGGGACACUGGGGCUAUGGUGGGAGGGAGGGAACAAUAGUGUGGAGGAGUGCGGCUUAGAGACACACUCCCUCCCCCUCUCCCUAUCUACCUUCUGCUGAACUGGGGUCCAGUGGGCUGCCUCUGAGGGAGCUCCGCUCUUUGUCUGCAUUUCCCUUAUAGCUCCCUUGCGCGCCCCGCAAUGGUGCCUGGGAGUCUGAAUAUGACGUUGCAUUCCGGCUCCCAGGCCCUUUACACUGCAAGCGAGGUAGCUAUACAGGAAAUGCGGACAAAGAGUGGAGCUCGAUCACUCACGCCGUCCUCCUGCACUAGCCAGCCGAGGUACUGGCGCUCGGCAACGCUACAGGAAAUGACCGGAAGGAGAGGAGCUCUGUGCACUUCUCUUCUGCCGGUCACCCGGAUAUUUGCACCCCGGGCCGAAGCGCCCUAAGGCCACCGCCUGUGCCGCCUUAUGGUAGCGCCGGCCCUGGGUGAAAAGCCAUCCACUCUGUAGAGUUAAAAGGUGAUUUUAAUUACUAUUUCUCCAUAGCCACGCUGGUCUCUUUGGUUGACCCCACCUCCGUAGCUGAGAUCAUCAAUCUUCCCCUAGGAAAGCAUUGGGACACUAUUGUGCAUGCGCAACAAAGCACCACGCUGCGCCAAUCAGCAUCUCGUCAUGGAGAUGCAUUCUCUGAAAAGGCAGUCAUUACAGUGUGCAGGGACGUGCUAUAGACACCAGAACUACUACAUUAAAGUGUUGAUGUUUUUCGAAUCCAAUUGUAAACUGUUUCUGCCUAAUCUAACCAUAAUUGUAAAUAACAUCUAUGUUAGAUUCUUUUGUUAUGAUGUAUUCAUAUUUUGUAAUAUUGCUUUAUCUUUUCCAGUUAUAAGUCAAUUGUUGAGUUCAUUGAUUCACAGUUCGAGUCGUACUUGCAGGAGGAGCUCAAGAUCAAAAGAGUUCUUCAUAACUACCACGACUCUCGGAUCCACGCCUGCCUUUAUUUCAUUGCUCCCACUGGCCACUCACUGAAAUCUAUUGAUCUUGUUACAAUGAAAAAACUGGACAGCAAGGUCAGCAUUAUGAAGCAGAAUCCUAAAACGUAACACCUGCUAUGUUUAUUGCAUGCAAUCUCUCAUAGCAUUUCUAUGCCCCAUGCUCUCUAAAUUUGUGUUUUUAGCACUUACUUCCAAAAAAUUGUCGCUAAAUCCAUAAACACAUUUUUUUUCACGUUCUAUCUUGUGGUUGUUGAAGAUGGUUUCUAGCUAGAAUAAACUGGAAUAUUUUUAACCCUUGCUUUGCAACACAUCAAAUUCAUACUAACCAAUUUUAUACCAGUCAUAAUGCUACAUUAAUGGUUACAGUAGUUUUUGCUUUUCCCCUGAUAACCUUUCUCCAUAAUGGUGACUUGGUAUAGAAUUUAGUAUUACUUUUAUUUUUAUGGAACCUCUCAGGUAAUACUAAAAUCCCCAUCUGCAAUGAGCUUUGUUUUUAGCCACUGGCUCUGUUUGUUAAGCCAGCUUGUCUGUGCUCAGGCAUGGGGGGGGCUUUUAUGAACCGGUGCUUACUCCUUGCAGCCAUGACAAUCUGGUCCAGGCAGACCCAAAAUAUCUUACCAAUGUACUCCUCAUACUGUCUCUAAAUUACAGUCCACAUAAUUUUCAAGAAAAUAUGGCUGUAAAUAAAAAUGUACGAGGACAGCUGGGAAGGAUAGAAUUGUAAACUCCAAAUGGGAGAAUAAUAUUCUGGAACUAAAUCCUGGCUAAAUACAGCAUUUAAAUUGUUUUUUGUUUUUGUUUUUUGUGAAAAACAAACAAACAGUAUGUUACACUGUUUAACAUCACCUGUUGUACUCUGCACUGUUUUAACGUGUUUGCGUAGCUUAGUAUUAAAAUAAAUUCCGCUCACAAGUUGCAAUUGCGUACUUUGUGCAGCAACAGAGUUCUCCUGCAGACAGAUGUCGGAUAUAGGCUAAAAAUAGGGACGUUUGAAUUUAAUUUGCUCUCUGUCUACUGUAUGUGGCGCCAUGAAGACUUUCUUUUAACUGCUCAGCUAUCACAGGGGAGACGUCCUCAGAUAAGCAAUAAUUUAGGUUGAUUUAAAAUUAGCUCAGCACAGAAUCUGCAUUGUGUAAAGAUUUUAAGACAAAGGAAAGGUUGCCGGAUAAAGCACCUAUGAUUGCUCGUUAUUUUACUUUCAUGCAGUUCUGGUUAUCCUAAUGAAUUACUGUGUAUAUAUGAUUUUUUUUUUUUCUUUUUCAUUGUUAGGUGAAUAUAAUCCCAAUAAUUGCCAAAUCUGAUGCCAUUUCAAAAAGUGAGCUGACAAAAUUCAAGAUUAAGAUCACAAGUGAGCUUGUCAGUAAUGGAGUACAGAUUUAUCAGUUUCCUACAGAUGACGAAACUGUCGCAGAGAUUAAUGGGACAAUGAAUGUGAGUAUUGAGACAUUCUCUCUGUUAGGACUUAGUAGAAUUUCCUUUAUUUUUGUUAUGUUUGUGAUAUGUUAUCCGUGUAAUUUUGUAAGGCCCAAGUGAAGGCCGUUGUGUCAUUGAUGGACUUUUCAUCAUGGUUUCAACUAGGACUAGUUAUUCAAAUAACCAUGGCUUUGAUCUUUCCGUAUUCUGAACUGAUAGACAACCAUAACACUCCAUCUCCGUGAAGUGGUCUAAGUGCCAUGUCCCCUUUCUGCUUAACCCUGCCACUGAAAAGUAGGAACGGCAGUGUUUGCAUUAUAGGGCAACCACUCGAGGUGCUUACACACCCACAGCAGAGUUAAACUUGGCUGUUCAAUCAGAAGGUCUCAUAGAGACCAUUUGAUUGGCACACCGUGGCAUUUUGCUGCACAUGCGCACUAGCCUCUCAUUGCUAUCCUACUUGGAAACAUUGGGUUAGUUGAGCCAAAGAUGCAGAGCAUGAUUGUGGAGAACGGCACAUUGAGGGCUGAAAAGGGGGGGACCUAAAUCGGUUUCAGGACACUAUAGUGUUCCUUUAAUCAUAAAGGAGGUACCCAAAAAAGCUGCUGAAACUUACUUUCAGGGGAACUGCAUCUGGUAAUUACACCAUUGACUAAAACAUUGAAAAUCAUGAUAAUGUGUGGUCUUAUUUUCUUUCAUAUUAUAUUAAAGAUUUAGCCAGUUACAUCGUUAUUAAUUUCAGGCCAGGCUCAGCCAUGGUGUACAUUUUGAAUGAAGAGGAGAUACUGAAAACUUUCAAUUCUCCUCUGCUGUGUGUGUUUUCACAAUGCUGACAGAGCUUCUAACAAUAGAGCUAAGAUUGAGGAACUCACUUGCAUGAUAAGUGCAAGUGUAGGUCUAUGUGUGAAUAUUUAUAGAGAGGUCUGCAUAAAAUCUCUCCUGUUUCCAAUACAUUACACCAUCUUAAUAGCAGAACAUACAGUAAUAUGUGUCCGAGGCUAUAUGCUUUCCCACUAGUCCAAAAUAUAUAAAUAUUGUGUAAACUUCUAAAACAAAACCUUUCUAGAAUAUUUUAGUUUAAAUAAAUCACUCGCAUGUUUAAAUGUUUGUUACACGCGCCACUGUAUUGGUUUCCACAACAUUGAUUAAACACGUUAUUAUAAGCAUGCAGUCUUUUAUUCACCAAUAUUCACCAACGAUUUAUUGAAAAUAGCUUAAUCAAAAAGUUCAUGGAAUAUGUAAUAAAAAGCAAAUAUUGUCUUGCAGUCAUUUUUGUAUUGGUUUCUUCUAACCGCACAAGCUAUGCCACUGUACGAUGUGCUUAAAUAAAGCUAUAUAACUAAAAGUAUGGCAUUCAUAUUCCUAGUGUGAGUCUGUGAAAAUUUUCCACACAAUAAAUGUCAUUUUGUGCGGCUGAUAAUGUCACCACCAGAAGGAAACCUGCUGUUAUGUUGUCCAGUAAUUGUUUUACAGUUUCCUGAUUUGGGUGUGAAAGUCGAGGCAUGGUACCGUAUAUGAUGCACAUGGGAAUAUAUCAAGAAUUGUUCCCUGACAUUGACGAAUGGCUGCGGAACUACAGUACAGUUUUCCUAUUCUAAUGAGUCGUAGAUGGUUAUAGUCGUAUGGAGAUAUAUCACUUUAGAACUUGAAAUAUAAUCACAUGUGUUGAGGUGACCAUAAUAUAAAUGUGCCAAAUACCCACUGAAGUGUGUGCACAUAAAGGGAGAUUCAUAUUGUGAAAAUCUGAGAUAUCUGAUUAAGGUAGUAAUAGGAUUUAAAUCCAUGACAUAAUGUAAGAGCUAGGUAUUUAAAUAAUUUUAAGUUUCUAAUCCCAGAUAUGGUAAACUGAAUACAUUUUAGAUUGGAAGAUUAAUUCUAUGUUUGGGCUAUUUCUCCACAGUUUUCGGUUUUGUUUAUUUUUUUUAUAAAUCUUUACUUUUUUUUCAUCUGUAUUUAUUUUCAACCUACAAUUAAAGGGACACUAUAGUCACCCAGACCAUUUUAUCUUAUUUAAGUGUUGUGGGUGCAGUGUCCCUGUAACUUUUUUGUUUUUGAAACUGCACUUGUUUAGGUUGCAGGGUAUAAUCCACCCCUAGUGGCGGUCAUAGUGACUGCCUCGAGAGGCGCUUCUGCGGCAGUCACAAAGUAAAAGUUGGUCACGUAAUGCAGAAGCCUAUAAGAAAGUAUUGAAUUCCGUGCUUUCCUAUGGAGUAGUUUGGAAACGCACGCGGCUCUUUCCGCGCUUCAGCUCUGCAAUGCUCUUCUAUGAGAAUUGUGUUGAACCAUCUCAAAGGUGGCUAUGCCUCCUCUAGUGCGUCGAGGUGAGCAGUGUGGAGGGGGAGGAGACCUGUAAAAAAACAAACAAACAAAAAAAAACUAGGGACAGUUUUGUAUACCUAAACGUAUAGAAUUUAAUAAUUCUGGAAUAAGUUGCUUAAAACAUGUGCAAUUUUAUCUGGAAUGAUUAGGUACAUAAUAUAGGUUUAACAUUCUAUGCACUGCAUGCUUGAUUUGAUUAAUAUUUGUAUUGUAUUGCUGUAUUUCAGGCUCACUUGCCGUUUGCAGUUGUGGGGAGUACAGAAGAAGCCAAAAUAGGAAAUAAAAUGAUGCGGGUUCGUCAAUACCCAUGGGGAACUGUACAAGGUAUGCUCUUCUGUAUGUCGUUCCGAGUCUUAAAUUUGGACUCUAUAUGGAAGCAACACUGUUUCCAUCCCUACAGCUGAAAUGUCAUAUUGCUAUAUCUGCAAAUAUUUAUUGGGAUCCCAUGACAUUACAGGUGUGUAUGAGAGGGGGGUUGGAUGUUGGGGUUUAAUUAUAUAUUUUUAUUUAUUUUUUAAGUAUUUUGGUUUUAUUGCCCAGGUAAAGUGCUUGUAUCUUUAGCCAGCCCGGAACUCUUGUUAUGGAUUGGCUGGUGACGCUGCCGUAGGUGGAGUUACACCUCUGCCAUCAAAUGGGUUAAACUUUGAAUGUGCUGCGUUUCAGUGUGAAACAUUACACAAACAGUCUCCAGGCACCAUAACCACUUCACAUCACUGAAUUGGGCAUCUUGCUUUGGGUAACCCUUUAAUUAUGGUUUAUUUGCCUUGUAGUGGAAAACGAAAGCCAUUGUGAUUUUGUCAAACUACGCGAGAUGCUUAUACGGGUAAACAUGGAGGAUCUACGCGAGCAAACACACACGCGCCAUUAUGAGCUCUAUCGAAGAUGCAAAUUGGAGGAAAUGGGUUUCAAAGACACAGACCCUGACAGCAAGCCUUUCAGGUACCAAAAGGGUUUAUAUGGAAUCUUAUAGAUUUGAAUAUAGUUUCUUGGUUCCGUAGCAAGAUGUUUUGGAACCUAAUUAUUUAUUUCUCUGUGUAGGAAAAUUACUUAAAGACUAGGUAUCCACCUAUCAUUAUUGCGAUAGUAUCCUGUUUUUCUUGUUGUGUCUAUAUGAAAUUUUUUUAUAGAACCUAUCAAAUGCUGUGGAAUAUACGACUUUACCAUACUUUAAAGGGUUUGGUUAAUAUACAUUUUAAUCUUGUAUUCAUUGCUAUAGAAAUAUUUAGUUUAAAAGUUAUGAACUCACUAGGACUGAGUUCAGAGGCACAUCGAGCAAAACAUGUAUAAUAGUGUAUCUGUUUAUCCUGAUCAGCAACGUAGGUUGCUAUUUUCGCUCCAAACUCACGUAAUUAAAAAAGUACUGUAUUAUAUUUAAAAUAUUAAAAAGACACUUUAGGCACCAAAACAACCCAAUCUUCAUGAAGCUGUUUCAAUAUAUAGAUUAUGCCCUGACAGUCUCUCGUUACUCAAUUCUCUGCCAUUGAGGAGUUACUUUUUGUUUCUGUUAAUGGAGUCCUAGUCAUACCUGUCCUGGCAGUGACUUGCACACCCUUCAUGGAAAAAAGAGUUUCAUUUUCAGAUCUUAACGCACAGUGUGUUUACUAUUGAAGUUUUAUCUCCUGCACUGUUAAAUGAACCAUAAUCACACACUGAUGGCUCUAGCAGGCUUUUAACAGAGCAGAACGGGACUAUAAAUUAAACAUUAAAUAGACUGUGCAACAAGCGCAGCUAAAACAAUGAGCCUCGUAUUCAGAAAGUGUGCAGGGAGGCCCUCUGAGUCACAGCCAUCACAUUAUAUUGUGCCCGAAGACCAGGUCUGGACAGGUUAUUUAUUUUAUUGCGUUUUUUUUAUAUAAAUUGAAAUUUUAUUUUAUUUCUAAAAAUUUUCUUUAAUACAAAGUGGUGUUUUUUAGGGUUAUUCCAAAUGAUUUGGAAAACAAAAAAAAUGUUUUCAUUCAUUGUUUGAAGUUAAGAUUUAUAUUUUAAGACUUUUUACUCCUUUAAAAUGCCUAUUCUUACUUCCUUAACAAUAAACCUUUUAUUUUUUUUGUGGUUGAUUCCCAUCAAUUGCAGAUUGUGACAUGGUUUUCUUUAAUUUAUUUAUUUAUUUUUAAUUUUUUUUCAUUUUAGUUUGCAAGAAACCUAUGAAGCUAAAAGGAAUGAAUUUCUAGGAGAACUGCAGAAGAAAGAGGAAGAAAUGAGGCAAAUGUUUGUUCAAAGAGUGAAAGAAAAGGAGGCAGAAUUGAAAGAGGCGGAAAAAGAGGUAACCACGUCUCCCCUAACAAGAACUCUUGGUUCUCUCCAGAGCGUCCAUGAUUUCUCUGUCUUGUCUCAGAAUGCUGAAUGUAAGCAAAUAUUGGCAAACCAAGCAGAUCCCUGAUAGUACUGUCAGUCAAACCGAAUGAGACAAAAUUUAUAGUAUCCUCAGAGACAUCUUGAUCUUUUCUUCUGGUAGUUACCCUUAAAUCCUGGUUUUCUUUUGACCACUAUUUUUUUUUUUUUUUUCUCUCCAAAUAUGAUUUAGAAUGACAUUUCACAUCAUUCUUAAUUAAUCCCAUGGCUGGCUGGGCAUCAUGAGAAAUAUAGUUUAAAACAGGGGUGCUUAAAAGGUAGAUCCACAGGUGUUUUAAAAUUACAGCUUCCAUGAUGCUUUGCCAUUCUAAAGACACGCAAGUUGUAGAUACUUGCUGUCCACAUUGUUAAGCAAUAUCACGAACCAGAUUGGAAAGCAAGAUGUUUUCAUCCAGUCUUCGAAUAUAUUAAUUUUGGCAUUUGUGUGGAAAUAAAUCACUGUGGUGGACUGGCUCCUCACUAUUCCUGUGUCUUGUUCAAGCUCCAUGAAAAGUUUGAUCGCUUGAAAAAAUUACAUCAGGAAGAGAAGAAAAAGUUAGAAGACAAAAAGAAGGGCCUAGAUGACGAGGUUAAUGAAUUCAAAAAGAGAAAGACGGCGACGGAGCUACUUCAGUCGCAAGCGCAGCAGGCAGGAGGAUCACAAACCCUAAAACGGGAAAAAGAGCGAAAAAAGUAAGUACACGGAUAAGUAAUUCAAUUUUAGGCUGUAAACUGAAAACACAAACAUCAAUUCAAAACACAAAGAAUAAAUGUGUGUAGAAGGUAUAACUGCAGGCAGGCAGGCCUACUUCGUCUCAAUACCUAGUUUAGCACAGUUGUAUAGAUCACCAACACUAGCUGGUAAAUUUAAAAAAAAAAAUAUAUAUAUAUAUAUAUAUAUAUAUAUAUAUAUUUUUUUUUUUUUACGCGCCAAGUGUAAGCCUUGUGUAAGCAAUUAGCGUGCACCUGUAAAUUUUGUAAUUAAUAUAAUUUCCUUAUUAGCUUGGUAAUAUACACCAGGUAAGGAGGAAAUUCUUAAAGCAUAAAGGUAGGUUUGCAAAACGUUGCGUUGCUCAACUAACCCUAUAAAAACAGUAUUGGCUGACCCUUGUAUGUCUAUGUGAGCAAUACAUAUUUGGGUUUAUCAUGUAAGAAAGGACAUCUGUGCCAACUUGUAAGGUCCUAGCAUUUUUGUCCCUACACUUUUUUUUAUUUUUUUUACGUGUAACUUCUGAUGAAAAUAAUUUCAUUUAAUUGAAAUUCCAACACAGUCAGUGUGAGGUUUUCAUACAGAUUGUUUGUUUGUUUCUUUAUGAAAAGCUAAAAAAUUAAAGUGCUAACUAAAUGCUCAGUAUUUUGUAUCUUUUUCAAAACAAAAUGAUACAUAAUAAGCAUAUAACUGACCGAAAACGCACAUAGUUAGGACAUAUGCAGAAUUUCAGUUAGUUUUUUUUUUUAUCUGUUUGUUUUGAAGAUUUCGUAAUUAUAUUUUAGAAAUGUCAUCUGAUAUUUUCAUAACUUAUUCUUACCCCAGACCAGCUGGAAAAUGUAUUUUAAAAAUUCCCCGUUGGUUCCUCCUUUUCAUCCUCUUUAUUUAAAAAAAAAUAAAAAUCGCAAUAUAUUGAUUUUUGGGUGUAAUGAUUAUUUGCUAAUAUCGGCUAUAAUUUUUAAUACACUGUGCUGCUUUAAAUUAUCUACUUUUACAACUGUUCACCCUAAGCCUGGUUCCUUUAUUUGUUGUCCAGUACUAACCAUUAACCGAUCAUCAUUCUCCAUCUCAUUCUGUGCUGGUAAUGUGUUGGUUCUGAACAUAUUGUAUGCUUGGUCCUCAUUUUAUUUUUUUGCUAAUUUCGCUGCUAAAAUUCACUGUACAGUAUUAAAAGUAAUAAUCAACCUGCUUUCAAUUCACACUUCACCCUCAUCAUUAGUUGUUACCUAUGUGCUGUUUUACAGUUAAUCCUUUGUUUGCUGCAUGGCCCAAUGGUUUCCGGUAAGCUUUAUUAAUCAAGUACACCUGGUGUGGGGGAUCUAACAGGGGACUAAGUGGCACUAUGUCUUUAUGUCCACUAUAACCACGUCUUGUCUUAAGUGUGAUAAGCUUUGCCUCUGAGUGAGGCUUCUGCAAAGAAGGAGAACACCACUAGGAGUAUAACCUGUUUCGUGGUACGAUUCUAAGCACCCAGCUGCACAUGUAUGUAUAAGUAAGUGCAUAUUCUUUUUUUACAUGGGGAGUGCAGUCACAGAGAGAAAAGCUGCAGAUUUACCAAGAUGCAUAGAGUUGAGUAUAGGGCAUCAUGCUAUUUUUAGGAGUGUUCUUUCCAAGUGGGCAGGUGCCCUGAAUUAAAUUUAAAAUAUCUGGAGAACAGCAUUAUUCAAAUUUCAGCUUAGUAAAUCCUAAAUUUAAUGACCCGUAUAUAUCCCUAAAUAAAUCUAUUAAAUGACCACUAUAGGCACCCAGACCGCUUAAUGAAGUGGUCUGGGUGCCAGGUCCAUCUAGGAUUAACCCUUUCUGCUGUAAACAUAGCAGUUUCAGAGAAACUGCUAUGUUUACCUAUGGGUUAAUCCAGCCUCUAGUGGCUGUCUCAUUGACAGCUGCUAGAGGCGCUUCCGCGCUUCUCACUGUGAUUUUCACAGUGAGAAGACGCCAGCGUCCAUAGGAAAGCAUUGAGAAUGCUUUCCUAUGAGACUGGCUGGCUGAAUGCCUGCGUGGCUUUUGCCGGGCAUGCGCAUUCAGCCGAUGACGGGAAAGGAGGCGGAGAGUCCCCACCGCUUAGGGAGCCCGGCGGUGGAUAAAAGGUGAGUGUUUAACGUCUUCCUCACCCUAGAGCCCGGUGGGGGGGGGGACCUUAAGGGUGGGGGGGACCUAGAGACCCUAUAGUGCCAAGAAAACAAGUGUUUUCCUGGCACUAUAGUGGUCCUUUAAAUGUUCGGCUAUCCUUCACAUUAUGCUGAUUACAGGCAAUAUCAAGACACCCCAUAAACCACUGAGCAGUCACAAACAAGCAAUGAACAUCUACUGUUUUGUCACUGUAUCCAGUUUUCAGAAUCACAUGCAAUGUGAUGUUAUGCCAUCCAGUUCAUUACUAUGUACAGGGAAUAUGGCUGUUCUCCACUGACAGUCAAAUGAAGGGAAUUAUUUCUUCACCCUAUCUCAUAGUACAGAAAUAUAGCUACAGGAUAUUAUAUCAAACAUAGUUCUUUAAAGAGCUGUCCUUCAAUUUCUCCUAAGUUAUAUACCUAGAAGCAGAUAAUUAUGUAAAGCUUGCAUUCCUGUAAUAUACAAAAUGAGAAGACCAGCAUGUUUUGUGUGUAAUAAGAGUUCACUUCCCAAUAUAUUCUUAUUGUCUAUCAUAGUGGAAGCUGUUGAAAGUUUAGUUUAUUGUAAAAAAAAAUUAAUUUUAUUUUCUCACUUUUGACAUCUCAAUGGUUUCAUCAAACGGCCAUCACAGUGAUUCUCAUUAUUGUCACAAGGAGAGAUUCACCCAUAUAUAGAUACUACUAGGGGGUUUAAAAACAAAAACCUGAAUUGACAAUUUGGUAUUUAAAAAAAAAAAUAAAAAAAUAAAAGUAGUAUUAAUAUUGUAUUUAGAAAAGAUGACUCUAGUUUCCAGAUCGUCAGAAAAAAAUUGCGUUUUGGGGACAUCAGUUGGCUUUGUUCCAGGGUAUAAGUCAUUGAGGAAAAAAAUUUAAAACCUUGGAAAACUGUUCAUUAACAUGAGUUUACAUUUCAUGUAAUAUAUAUUGACAUAGCUCAGUAAUAGCCUGAUUGCCUGAAUAGUUACCACUUUACUUUCUGUUGGCAAAAGACAAACUGUGAGUGUCCUCUGACAUCUCUGGUAUCUUGCCAUUCUGCUUAUGAGAAUACCAAUGUGUGCAAGGCAAACACUGGUAUGAAGGCCCCUAUCAUUGUCUAUGAGAAAAGCGUCUCAGGAAAACUUGGCUUUUAUUCUGGGAGUGUUCACUUGACUUCUCACUAUAUGCACUACCAUAUAAGAUAUAAUCAUGUUCUGCACUUUAUUUUUUGUUAAUGUAAAUAAGGAAUUUCCAAACAAAAUAAUGCAUAAAAAUCCAGUUUGAACAUAGAAACUUAUAUUAAUAUAUUACCCCCAAUUAAAAUAAGCAUAUUGUCUAAAAAGGAAUAUUAGACAUAACAGUACAGUUUAUUAUGAAACUGUAGAAAUUAUGAUGGCAUUUUGUUAAGUAGCAAUGAGUAAUAUUAUUUAUUUAACCAAAUUACAUUACGUUUUAGAUGUUUGCAGUCCGGCUGGAGUUGGCCAUCUUGGAAGUGCAUCUUAAUUUUCAAAGUUCAGUAUCCAUGACAGUGAUGUAAAAAAAAAUAUAUAUAUAUUUUUUUAAAGUCCUAUAUAAUAUUUAAAAAUAGAUAUUUAAAAAAUAAAAUAAAAAAAAUUGAGUUGAUUAAAAAUGUAAAAAAAUAUAUUUUUUUGUUCUAUAUAGCUAUUUAUUUUGAUGUAUGAUUUCUUUUGAAUGUGCAGGGUCUUUUCAAUGUACAGAGUGAUUGACAGGGAGUUAAAAUGGAAGCCCCAAUUUGCAGGUUAAAGGUGUGGAUUUCUAAAUUUUAUUUUUCAUACCUCACUUUUAAAUAAGUAGGGAUAAGUGACCGUUCCCUUUUCCAAAACUGCUUUGUAUUGUCUUGCUCAAGAAAAAGUAGAUAUUCUGAAGUCAUCCUUCAGUAGUAGACUUUUCUGCUUUGCUGGACUAUAAAAGCACCCCGAUUGUGCAUGUGCUGAGCACCCAACAUACUCUUUGUUGGUUUCACUGUACUAACAGAUCUUAUAGUAAAUGUAUUUAUUAUUUUGUUUCUCAUGAACGCAUUAAUCCAUAGUGUCUUUUAUUUUCCCAUUUACAGUUCUGGUUUCCUGUAAUCACUCUUAUGUUUUGGCACAUUGCAAUGAAUCCUCCCUUCCCUUCUCAUUUAAUAUACCAUCUCCUGCCUGCCUGCCUGUUCAUCACCGUUCAUCCACCUUGACCACCCCAUUGUACAAGCAUGAAAAGUACUUUGUGUUUUUUGGCAGCUAAUUGAAGAUCUCACCAAUAACUUCUGUGGAGUUAUAGGUCAAAAUAUUUCAUGUGCUCUGUCCAUCAACCAUUCUAGCUGCAUGUCUUACUGUUCAUUUUACCCUACUUGCACUGGACUGUCAUGUUACAGAUCUGUUUGAUUUUCUUUUUUGGUUAAAUAUGAAAAAAAAAAAUAUAUAUAUAUAUAUAUUUUCACAAAGGGUUUUUAAAUGGGCAAAAUGUUGAACUCUGACUAUGAAAGUGUUAAGCUUUAUGUUUAUUGCCUUUUCUACCUCCUACAAGGGUGAUGUCAUUAAUAACCAUAAGACCACACAAGUCUUGAAAAAAAUAAAACCAACAUUGUUUCUAAGAAUUUACUUUGAAGUUAUUGUGUCAUAUAACCUGUAUGUUUAUUGGUCAAACUGAAGAAUAGGCGUAGAGGGACUUUAUAUAGAGUCACCAGAACAACUACAGAUUAAUGUAAUUGUUCUGGUAAAUAAAGUCAGUACAAGCAUGCUUUUUGCAGUAAAUACUGUUUUUUGUUUUUUUUUUAAGAAAAGGCAAUGUUUACAUUACAACCUAGGGAUACCUCAACUGGUCACUCCUCACAUGGCUACUAGAGGUGCUUCCUAGGGCAGUGCCGCACAGUGUGCAGCACUGACAUUCACGGUCUCCACGCUCGAAAAGCCAAGAUGACUCCGUUCUAGAGGCAAAAGCUCCUCUAUUGGCUGUUAGGAAGACCGCCUUUAGAGGUGUAUUUAACACUAGCCUUACUAGUUUAAAACAUACAGGACCACUGCACCCAGAACAUGUCAUUGAGAUAAAGUGGUCUGGGUGCCUGUAGUGGCCCUUUAAUAUCUCUGUGGGGUAUACAUGUUUCCAAGGGUUUUAAAUUGUUUCUAUACAAAAGAGCAAUAACCUAUUUGAUGAUAAUCCUGAUCACUCAUGCUUAUGUAUUCUUCCUAUACUCAGCGGAAGAGAUUUCUCAUCCUUAAUUCUCUGAAAAGGCAGUGUCUAGAGUGAUAUGGUUGCAGGGACAGGCUAUAGACACCAGAACCACUACAUUAAUCUGUAAUGGUUCUGGUAACAAUAGUGUCCCUUGAAUACUUAAAUUUUCCCCCCAAAAGUUAAUGUUAAGUGUACCUAUCCUUCUUCCUUUUUCAUUCAGGAGAGAAGGAAGGAAAUAUCCUCCAUUUCCAUGCAUGUUUGCUAAACUUGUCUAUUGCUGCACUGUACAAGAGAUUAAUAACCUCACGUAAAAUUUACGACGUUUCGGCCGUGAGGCUUUAAUCUUGUGUACAUGAUAGAUGAUUAAGGCCAAAACGUUGUAUCCUUGUUUUGUGCUCAUUCCACAAAAAAACUGCCUUCUUCACCACAAGCUAUGCAGCGUGUGGCUCUUUACUUGUGGCUCUUCAUUUAUGUAUAUAUUUGGAGGUUAGCGGACCUCUACCACAGAGCUCCGGAGCUACUGAUACCAGUGUGCAAUACUCUACUAUUUGUCUGCCUACAAUAGAAUUGGUAAAUACUAGCACAAAUAAAUAAAAAUAACUAAUAUUUAUAAUAGGUAGAUUAGAGAGGCCCAUUGACUCUAAAAAAAAGCCACUAAACCAUUCAUAUUUUUUGCAUGCAUGUUUUCCGUUGUCACCAUGCAAUCCUUUUUUAAUUUAUUUUUUGUCCUAACUGCAAAUACAUUGUCAAUAAGGUGACCUACGUGCCCGUCCAUAUGAGGACCACAAUCCAUUUAUUGGGUAAGAAUGCCUAGGUCUCAGUCUGGGGGUUCCUGGUUACACUUUUAGCUAAAAGCGUUACAAUUUGUUUUGUUUCUGUAACACUGGUGUGCUAUGAUGUCUAAUAACUAUUUAAAGGCAGAUACAUCUUGUUCUUGUUACAGUAAAAUCAGAAUGUUUGCCCCUUAUGCUUGUGAAGUGUUUUCUUUUCUUAAGAAAGUCUGCUUCUUCAUCUUGUAAGAAACUAAUGUGUAGUUUUAAAGAUGCAAACAUAGAUAGGCUUGUAGUCUCUGGGACAGUUGGCAGGAUAGUGGUUAUUAAACCCCAAGAUGACCAACAUUAAAGUUUAAUUUCCCUAGAUUCUGUGAAUUUGUGUAAAUGACAAGGCGUAAAUAAAAAAUUACAUUUCUAUUUUACAAGUAUUGUGAAACAUAAAAAAUCAGUGAAAAGAAAAUCACUAAUAGAAGCCUAAGUUAAAACUAAAGAAAGUUAUAAAGAUAUAGAAUGUAAACCUACAACAGUUAUAUAUUUGAGACUGUGACUAAAGAGGGCCUAAUUAAUAAAUUAUCCGUUCCAAACCCUCAAAUGAAGACUAUAUGUGGUUGCUGAUGCUGUGAUUUGAUGCAUUAGAUUGGUGGAUUGUAACGAUGGCUACACCGUAUGGCCAUGCUGUUUCUAUAUGAGAAGCAUUUGAUCGGUCAAACAUUUUUUUGCUAUUUUCACAUAGAAUGUUGCUUUACAUUUAAUCUUCUUCUGUACAUCUGCACCACUUUAUCAUUUUAGGACAAUCAUGUUUGAAUGUUGACAUUUUAAAGGGACAGUUUAGACACCAUAAUAAUUUUAUCUAAAUUAAGUUAUGGUACCAGGAGGCCCACCGAGCACACUCUACCUUAAGAGAUUAAACCGUUCAAGAAAGUGAGCCUUGGGUCCCCCAGGCAGUAUCAGGUUUCAGAAAUCUGUUGCGGGGUAUUUUCUUGUUGUGAUGGGGAGUCACUAAUUGGUUGAGAGCAUCAGCUGAUCACUCUUGGCCAAUCAGCGGCGCCACUGCCAGGUGGCAUUCCGCGCUUCCUGAAACUAAGAUUUCAGAAGCUGGAUACCACCUGGGAGACUUGAAGAUCAGUGCCCGAGGCUCACUUUGGGGUUAAACAGUCUGUGAAAGGUUUAACCUCUUAAUCCAAGAGUGCACCGGGGAUCCUCCUGGCACCAUAACUUCAUUUUGAUGAAGUUGUUAUGGUGCCUGGAGUGCCCCUUUAAAUAUGCACAAAUAGACAGAUCCAUUUAUCCUAGAGUUUCUCCAGGUGAGGGUAAACUUUGGGUUUAUUCACUAAACAGUAAGCUGUUCAUUCACUGGUAGUUGGUGAAAUAACGUGCCACAUUAUGAUCUUGUCAUUCACCUAUUUGCCAAAAGCUGUUUCACUUUUAAUAGAUACUUUAUGUAUAUAUGUGCACAUAAUAUAUUUUAUAGGUUGUCUUUACAUUUUAAUUAUGAAAUGUUAUAUGAAGUAAUUAUAACAGCAUGAAUUUUUUUACAUGUUUUUUCUUUUCUUAAACUUUUUCUUUUCAGUAAUCCCUGGCUGUGUACUGAGUAAUAUUUCUACUGUGAUGGAAUCGUCUCUUCUUUAUCUAGUACCUGGGUUUAAUCUUGUGGUUUAAGACUGAUUUAUAUAUAGUUGUGGUUGUGGUGGUUUUCUUUUUUUUUCUUAUUUUUUUUUAGAUGAAGAUAUUCCUUAAAGGAACACUCCAAGCACCAUAACCACUAUAGCCAGGAGUCCCUUGGUGCCUUCCCAUUGGAAGAAAUCAAACCAUUUUAGAACAGUUUGACUACUUACCUAGUGUCUUCGAGCGACACUCCCUGCGUCCUCUAAAUGGGCCAAAGAAACAAAAGCGUCCAUUAGCUCUCCUGAACUAAACCAUGUAGUGCAGGGCUAGCUCAUUGGCUGAUCAAUAUCCUUGCAGAAGUUGGCUCAGACAAAGACAUUCUGGCUUUCUGUAUGAAGUAGUGAAGACCGUGAGCGAUACCUGGUAGACCCAAGUUAGAAGAUAAACAGCGUAAACAGUUUGAGCCCUAAAAAUGAGGGCACCAAGGCACUCCUAAUACCAUAGCCACUAAAAUGUACUGUAGUGAAUAUAGUUCUUGAAGUAUUCCUUUAACAAAGAGACUUGCAACCUCUCUAAGCAUUGUGGAGUAUCACUCCUAUCACACUCAAGCAGCCAGACCAUUACUGCAUAUUAUGGGAGUUGCUGUACACUGCACUUUCGAAUGUCUAAUUGUGAGAUAUAUUUACUUAGAAAAAUUGAGGACAAGAAAAAAUGCCAAAAAUUUACAAUUCCUUUGCCACUUCUUCAAAUUUCUCAGUUUUGUGAACAAUCUACCAUGUGUACAUAGCACAGGUUGGACUGUGAGCAUCUAUAUUGUAAAAGUUAACUCUCAUUUGUGCUGUCACUAGUCCUGUAAGUGGCGUAAUCUUGUUUUUAGUUUUGCUGGCAAAAUAAAACCUGCUUUUAAAGAGUUUAACCCCUUAAGGACACAUGACGGAAAUAUUGUCAUGAUUACCUUUUAUUUCUAAAACUGUGUAUAACUUUGUGUUUACUACUGAUAACUGUAAAUGUGUGUUUUUUUUUUUUUUUUCCUUAAGGUAAAAAUGUAAUCCCUAUGUUGUACUGUAUACCUUUUUUUUUCCACUGUUCACUAAUGUUAUUAGCAAAAAAAUAGUUGCAAACAGGGUCAUGUUUGUGAGUUGGAGUGUCACUGUUUACGUUCAUGUGUUUUUAUAACGAAUUGUAAGAUAUUUUCAUUUUCACAGUUUUCAUAUCAUAAUGGUAGCUGCUAUUGAGCAGUUGCAGUUUUGUUAGAAAAGGGUCAUUGUGCAUGCACAAAUGAGCCGAAUUAGGGGGUAUUAAAGAGAAAUGUUGGCAACAAUAUCACUACAUUGGGCAGAAUCAUGGUAUGAUGUUACUGGCCCUGUUUAUUAGCCAUGUGUCAAGAAUGGCCUUUGAAUCCCAGAUAUGAGAGCCCAUGACAUGUACUGGUUUUUGCAGAGACUACUUUUUUGGGCAGAAUGUUGAAAUUGCUUCCAGUACCACAUUUUGCUAUUUGCCAUCAAGCGUCCCUUGCAAAAAGUAGAUGAGCGCAGGCUGCUUCCUGUGAAAUAUUCCAUAGAGGCUUAUGGCAUCUUAUUUCACAUACAAGGUCCUACAUUCUUUAAAGGAACACUAUAGGGUGAGGCACACACUGGUAUUCCUGACCAUAUAGAGUUAAAAACAAUAUCUAAAAAAUCUUUAAUCCAUUCUGUUGGUGCUGGCUCUGCCCCUGAUCUGUCUCAUUGGCUGACAUAAUCAGAAGUGAUGAUCUCAGCCAAUCACAAUGCUUUCCCAUAGGUGACAAGACAGUGUUUACUGCAAAGAACCUACAGGGACUGACUAUAAUAACCAGAUGAACUACAUUAAGCUGCAGUGGUUCUGAUGACUAUAGUGUCCCUUUAAAGGACCACUCUAGGCACCCAGACCACUUCAGCUUAAUGAAGUGGUCUGGGUGCCAGGUCUCGCUAGGAUUAACCCUUUCUUCUAUAAACAUAGCAGUUUCAGAGAAACUAUGUUUAUAAAUGGGUUAAUCCAGCCUCUAAAGCCUCUAGUGGCUGUCUCAUUGACAGCCGCUAGAGGCGUUUGCGUGCUUCUCACUGUGAAAAUCACAGUGAGAAGACGCCAGCGUCCAUAGGAAAGCAUUCUAAAUGCUUUCCUAUGAGACUGGCUGAAUGGCACUAUAGUGGUCUUUUAAGGCUCCUCCAUAAAAACCCAUUUUGUGUCCUCCCUCUCCCAGUGGUUUAAUCUACCAGGAGCUAAAGAUGAAGUUCUGCCAAAAGUCCAGGAGCACUCCUUAAUCAAGCAGUUAUGGUGUAUAGAUCAUGCCCUUGCUGUUUCACUGCUCUAUUCUCUGCCAUCUAGGAGUUAAAUCACUUAUUUAUUUUGCCCUAGUCACACAUCCUUGCAAGCACUUGCACAGGCUUCCUAAAUACUCCAUGUAAAGUUUGAUCUAAUGUUUACACUUCCUUUAUUGCAAAUGCUAUUUAGAAUUGAGGAUUAAGACUACAGAGGCGUGAUCUACAUACAAAAAUUGCUUCAUUAAGGAAAAGUUGUUUUGGUGACUAUAGUGUCCCUUUAAGUAAUUUUAUCUACCCAGGUGCAACCAUGGAGGCAAACGUGCAAAAAAAUAAAAUGAAACGACCCCCACACGUGACAUUGUCACUUAUACAACCACCAUCCUUUGCAAGAGAUUGUAAAGUAAUGCUCUUUCUAAGAAGCCUGAGGACUGAAACAUAGCGUUAAACAUUAAACUGGGAUCUUCUAGAAAUUUCGAAUAUCUGGACAAAUCAGAAAAAUUCACCAACCUUUGGCCUAAAACUUGCAAUUCCCAUUUUAGCUCCCAUCAGUUUCUUUUUUGUUAACUAACACUGUUGGAAUUCUGAUGUUGUUGUGCCAUUCCAUAUAGACUAUAAACAUAUGCCACCUUCAUACACACAUACUAGGAAUUGUUGUGUCAUAGUCACUAGUAACCUGUAAACUGUUGUUAAUCGUGAGUAAUAUUUAUUUGUCCAAAGCAGACCAAGGAAAUAAUUUGUAUGUAUUUCACAUACCCAUACCACACAUUACUCUCUCACUGGUAAGAAGAAACCUGCUACAAAAUGACUGUUGCCAGAUUGUAUCUUAUUUAUUGUAGGGGGAUUUUUAUAACCAAUGUUUAUUAAAACAUAAUUCUGUCAAUUAAUGGUGAGUCAGAAACCAGAAUGCCUGUAAGAUUCCAUUUAAGGGCUAUUCAUUAAAUUGUGAUUUGUCAGGAAUUAAACCACAAUUUGCACAAUUGCCAAAUUGGAAAAAUAUAAUUAUUAGUCAGCUAACAAUGUCUGUAUUCGAAUACGAGAGGAGUCUAAUAUUGAGCAACUUCCUUCUUUUUUUUUUUUUCUUUUUUUUUUUGUAGCUUCGGCUGCAUAUACAUAUCAUAAGGACUAUUCCAGGGAUUGGCAUUACCCUGGUAUCUAAGGGAACAGAGCUUGAUUUAGGGAGACUUUGCUAUCCUAUGGUGCUUAUUUUAGAGACAAAAAGGCUUCCUAAGUAAUGUCUGUAGCAUUUGACGUCACACAGUUUGAAGGUGUACAUGGAAUCUGUAUUUGCUGUCAUACUGCUUUUUAUAGCACUUUGUUUAUAUCACUUGAUGUGUUAAAUUUGUUUCACAGGUUUAACAUUAUGAGCAAUUAAAGUCAUUUUCUAACACGUUAUGGUGUACUUUUUAUGAUCCCAGCUCAAUGUUGUGAAUGCUUGUCUGUGCACGACACCCAGGGUGUCUGACUUGUGAAAUGAUCUGUGCAAGUCAUUCAGCUAGAUUUCGCUUCCCUUAAUUUAUCUUUUUACAAUGUAAGAAAAAGAAAUGCAUUCGUUCCUGUUUAAGAAAAAUAAAUGUUUGUUUAAAUGCCUUAAAAAAUAAAAAUAAAAAAAUGUAUGGAACCAGUGUUUAUGGUGAAUCCACAUGUGUAAAUGUUAGAUGUUUUUAAACUUACAUUUUAAAGUAGGAGUAUAGAUUAAUAGAAAACGCUAGAAGUAACCUGCACACUACCCAUGAUGUAAAUGAUUAAAGAAUAGGGUUUUUGGUUGUUUUAAUUUAAUUUUACAGUACAGUGCUACUAAAAAUGUAUCUAAAAGUGUGAAUUGGUGUUUAAAGUGUUGCCCAAGACUGAUGGGAGUUUGAUUGCAGAGUAUUAUUAUUGAUAGGCAGAUUCUUCCUUUCUGACAGUCCUCAGACACGAUUCCUAUGAAGCUCAGUGAACAGUAAGGCCUCAAAUCUGUAGUAAAUAAAUGUAGGCCUCAGGGAGCAGCCAUCUUGCUUUUUGGUAAGCCAACUUGUAUAAUCAGCAAUUGUUAAGUUAUAUGUAAACACGGACCAAGGUAAAUAGUUAUGGAGACUAUACACACUAAGGAUUCAUUAAAAAUGUUAUACUUAUAGGGUGCAUUUCUAUUCAAUUUAUUUAUUUUUACAGAUAAUUUUAUUACUUUAAAAGUCAUCAGCACACUGUUGGUUAUUCAAAAUUGUAAAAACCUAAUUACAAAACAAACAGAGGCAAACACUAUAGAUUGUCAAAGUCUGUAAACAUUUUUUUUAUUUUUUUUACCAUAAGGAUAAACUACAAAAAAUAGAAAAAUAGUCUUGUUUAAUAUAAAUACAUUAAAUUACAAUAUUAAAGGAACACUGUAGUGUCAGGAAUACAAACGUAUAUUCCUGUCCCUUUAAUGUUAAAAAAACUAUUUAACUUCCACCUAAGCCCCCUCUGAAAAGACCUCGUUUACAGCAGAAAGACUGCAGGACAUGAUAUACUCACCAGAACAACUACAUUAAUCUGUAGUUGUUUUGGUGACUACAGUGUCCCUUUAAUGCUUGUCGUAAACUAUAUUAUUAUUGAUAUAGCGCCAAAAAAUUCUGCAGCGCUCUACAAUAUAUAGAACAUCAAAACAAAAUGGGGUGGAAUUUAAAAUGGAUGCAUUAAAAUAUAACGGCUAGAUUUUAUUAGAAGAGAUGACAUUCUCUCUCUUGCAAUUGAAAGCAGAUUCUCCCAUUUGACUUGUAAGGAAAAUUAUAUUUUGUUACAAGGGAUAAACUAAAUCAAACCCAAACAUUAAAAAGGCCGCUCCAGACACUAGAGCCAUUUCGUUGCAUUGAGUUGGUUAUAGUGCCUGGAGUCCCCUGGUCAACUUCCUCCACUCAAUGCUAAAACAUUUUUAAUUCUGAAACUUAUCUAUGGCAUAUAGUUUGUUCCUGAGAAUACAUUUGCUGGAAAUAUACAUAUAAAUCUUAGCUGUAAAUAACUGUCAAAUUGCAACCACACAACAAAAUUUAGGUAACGACAGUCAGAAAUGUGGCUAUUUUGGUAAAAAAAAAAAAAAAAAGUUUACAAAUCACUGUUCUGUUAACCACACCAUGUUGUUUGUUUUUUUUAAUAUUUUUUUCAUGUGUUUUUUUUCCCUCCUUUUUAUGCUUCUUUAAGAAAAGCUCUGAUGUUGGCUUUAACACAUGUUUCAGUAUUAAAAAUGCUUUUUCUUUGGCUGAUUUUUGUGUGUUUUUUUUGUUUUUUUUACAAUCCCUUUUUUGUUUCCCAUUGUAUUUUGCUUUUUUUUUUUGCUCACUUCUGAUAAUUGCUUAUUUUCUUUCUCUUUUCUCUCUGUAGCUUCUUUUAAUCUGUCUCACCAUCUGUGUAAAGGAGAAGACUGCUCUUUAUAGAAGAUGUAGAGGUCCCAUUUUUUUUGUCUGGAAAUGGGAAAGAAAUUCUAGAUUAAAAACAAAAAACAAACACUAAUAUUCCUAACUAUCUCUGUCAAUAAUUCCAAGGCUGUUCUUCUGUGACUUGCAUGGUAUUUAACAUUGGGAUUGAAAGAAAAGAUCUAAUAUUGCAGGGUUUAUAGCACAUAUGGAAAAUAAUACAAAACAAACACAUUUUACUACAUAUUAAUGUUCAUAAGUAAUUUAGUACUUAUGCAUGAUUGCCUUGGCCAUUUCUGAUGAAGGCUAAUGUAUAUUGCAAUGUCAAAUACCCAGAGCGAUGCUCAGGUCAAAGUUAUGAAAGCCAUUUGGAAAAAAACAAAAAACGUUCUGUACUUCCCAGUGGAGUGACUCUUGAAGGCAGAAUUUUAGAAUUUGAAAUAAAAUAUGUGGGCUAUGUUUAUUCAUGUUUAUACAAGCGCUAUAGAAGUACCAAUAAUAAUAAUUCUAUGUAUUUGAAUUUUGUCUUUUUUUAAAAAAAAUAUUAUUAUGGAAUAAGUCCAUGUAAUUUGGUUAUUCCAAAUUAUUUGUGCAAAUGCAGCAUUAGUGCAUUCAGUGCCCCAAGAUACCCAGCAGUUGUAUAUUUAGUAGGAGCGGUCUAUUUAAUUUGUAUUUAUUUCUGCUGGGUAUUACCAAAAGUCACCCGCAAAUAGUAUAUGUAAACUUGCAUGAGCCAUUCAUACUAUGAAAUAAUGAACCUGCAGCUUUAAAAAAAAAAAAAAAAAUGUUUUUAGUUUUUUUUUUCCCCUACCCUGUCAGUAAUUUAUUUUGAAGAAAAGUGUGUGAUAAAAGGCAAUUGCUGACCUGUACUUACUAAACAGUGUAGUCUGUUCUUCUAUGGUUUGUGUGUUACAUUUUAUUGCUGUCAUAUAUUUUUUUAUUUUUUUUUUAAAUUAUUUUUAUUAUUACUUGUGAGGGAUGUUUUCUGCUCCCUUAUGAGCAUAUUUUCUGGCAGACAUCUUAAUCCAUAUAUAUCAACCUUUUAUUUACUUACCAUUCAAUUAUUAUUUCAAUAAGAAAUAGCAAAAUGUAGACCUAAAAAAAAGCCAAGAAACAGAAUUUGUUUUUGUCCAACUUUACUAUUUAUAGCAAAUAUUAUUUUUAAUUUAUAGUUCAAUCCUAAUUACUUAGUGAUUUAUACAUUUAAAUAUUUUACGAGUUAGAAAAAUGCUACUAAAAGCAAUAUUUUUGGGCUACUGUAUGAGCAAGGCAAGAUGGCUGCUCCUUAAAUUAUACAAUUGGUGUAAUCAUUGAAGCUUUUAGCCACUUUAUGCUGUAUGCAAAAUGGCUGCUUCUUACAUUCUGAUUUAGGUCCGCUCUUGUAUGCUAGGACAAAAUGGCCACUAUAAUAAAUAAGUAAUAUUCUAAUAGAAUCUUUCAGCUUUUGUAGGUUAUGAUGCAAGAUGGCCGCUCUUACAUAUAACGAGUUGCAUUCUUAUUGCAAGAUGGCUGUUUCUUACUUUCCAAUGAGCAAAACUGUAAUUGUCAGCUACUGUAUGCUAGAAGCACAAGUUGGCCACUCUGUGCUUGUAAUGAGGAACAUUUGCAUUGACGCUUUGAACUACUGCACUCUAGAAGGGCAACUUGGCUCCUUCAUAGUCAUAACAAGCUGUGUGCUAAUCCAAGCUGUCAUGUAAUGUUUACUUGGAAGGCUAGAUGACUACUCCUUGUAAAAACUAGUACUAUUCCCAUUAAAAGUUUCAGAAACACAAAAAAAAUUUUAAAAAAAAAUGCCUAAGUUCAGGUGUUAACAUUCAAAAGCGUAUGCUAAAUAUUAACUAGAGGCUUAUAUAUACAUUUAUCUCUUUGUUUGAGUACCUAUACAGAUAUAUCCUGUAUUCACAAAAUUGUGAAAUUCUUGAUUUCAAAGUAGAGUUGACAGACCGCUAUUUUAAUGAAAAGUUUAAUUAAAAAGAAGCGGAAUCUCUGAAAUUUAUGUGUUAAAACACAGACCUUCGGUAUUCUCAACAAGCACUCAUCAAGCACUUAUUUAAGUUGUGAUCUGACUGUGAUAUUCAGAGAAUUCAGGACAGCUACAAUGAAGCAUCUCGACUGCCACUUAAUCUACAAAAUAUUCAGAUGAGCCUUGCUAGCAAAUUUCAAGCUCCAUUCUGCACCUCUUUUCUACAGUGUGUGCAAAAAUCAAAAUAGAAAAAGUAGUUAGGUGUGAUCACCUGCCAAGUACUUUCCUGGAACUUAUCUGAAGAGUCAAAUACUAGGUUCACCAAAUAACACCACAAUAGGUACAAAAUUAAGCAUUCAAAUGGGCAAUAGUGCCAAUGCUUUUAAAGGAAAAUCAGAGUAGUAAAAUCAUUCCCUAGCACAUGAAAAAUACUAAAAAUAAAUUAAAUAAAACUUACUCUCUAGGCCUUGCGCGUUUCGUGGUACACAAAUACUUAUUCGUAGACAUUCCCUGAGAGCACAAGAAACUCUUUUAAAUAGGUAGGCAUACUUUCCCAAAUUAACCUCUAGAAGUCAAUCUAAACUCAAUACAUCUAAACAAGGAGAGCAAAAAAAAAUACAUAAUCUCAAAAAGAUGAAGUUAAAAAUAAUUGAAAAUAGAAAAAGUUAAUAAAACCCUGCUAGCAAAUGUUAACCAAAAUUUGGCACCUAUGUCUUUGUGUGUAUAUGACACAAACAAUUAAUAUAAAGGUAUUUUGUAGUAAUUAAUAAUUACAUUUGUCUGUAGCCCUGUUAUAAUGGAGUCUGCCAAUAAUGCUAAAACACCCUCUUCCACAAACCACUUCAAAAAUGUUAUACAGUGGAUUGUUUUUCAAAUGGGGAUUUACCUUAGAGUGCUUGGUUAAUAAGGCUUAAGGUAACAAUAUUGCCAGUUUCAUUGGAAUAUAUGCCUGAUAUGAUAUUCCAAGAUGUGGUUGCUCUGUACUUUAUGCCAGAUGAUUAGAAUUUAGUGAGAAACUGCUUUGAGAUCAUGUCACUUUGAAAUUCUAGGUCACCUCUAAUUCGGAGAACAUGGGGCUGUGCCUGUUAAAAAGCAGGGGGGGGGGUUUGUGUCGUUUUGCCACUGAUCACUUUGUAUUCAGAGUACAGUAGACUACAGUUCUAUGUUUUAGCCCUUAAAGGUGCCAGAAGGUUAUUUUCUUAUCCUGCUCCUGUUGCACAACCACUUCAGAUUUCUUUGAGAACUACAACGUCCAUAUGCUCUCCAAGAAUAUAGCUGACAGUGAAUUAUGGAAGUUGUAGUCCUACAAUAUCUUGAGCCACAAUUUCACAUGCUUGGGUUAAAUCAAGCAAAUUGGUGGUUGUGAUUUUUAUACAUUGCACCUUGGAGGACAUUAAACCAAUAUUACCUCAUUCUUAAUUGGCAAAAGCUUCUAGUUACACUUAUCGGACACUGUUUAGGACAACAGAUGCACCACAAGGUUUUGUUGGACUACAUGAAAAGUCAACCAGUGUUGGGUAGCUGAGAAAGAUAGUCGGUCAACAUUCGGAAGCCAUUCGUUGCCAAAUCUUGCUCGAAGUGCACUUUGUAGAGGUAACUACUAACUGCAGGAGAAAUAUGGUAAUGUGUCGGAGAUUCUUCCAAAGGUAUAGCUGUGAAAGAUGAUUUAGAUUAAUUUGUCCUUUUAGCUAGACAUAUUCUACCUUUUCUCCAACAGUGAGUUGUCAUUUUGCUUCAAGUAUGCAUUAAAAUGAAGUGUGGCCAGCACCACUGAAAAAAUUUCCAUUCUGAACAUAGGACCAGCACUAUCUCACGUAAUACCUUUCUGUACAUUUUCAAUAAAAUAAUGAUUAAAUAAAAUCCUUUGUGUGUCUGUCUAUUUAAAAAGUGUGCCUGUAUUUUGUUUUAAAUAUCUUUAUUAGUGUCAUGUCAGAGGCUUUGUUUACAAAUGUACUUUACCAUAACGUUUAGUCGCCUUCGCAGAGGCGUGUUUCUCAUUGCAUCAAACAUAACAUUUAGUUGCCUGCGCAGAGGUGGUUUGAUCAUCUGACAUAUAUAGCGUGUUGUGUGUGUGUGUGUGUGUGUGUUGUUCGGUAAUUGUGGUGCGUAUUCUGGUGCAUGUUUUGGGUCACGUCGCGUGUUGUAGCGCUUCUUGACGCAUCUAUUGAGG